AUGGUAAAUAGUAAAAAUACAAGUGUGCCAGCCAGCGAAUCCGAGGCGAUUAUCCCUUCGACUUCGGCCUCCCAGUUGAAAUCUAUGUUUAAAGAGUUACUUGAUGAAACUAAGAAGGAUAUUUUAUCACAAGUUAAAGAUAAUAUUGAUCAGAUUUAUACAGAUUUUGAGUCUGUUGCCAUUGAGAAUGAGGAAGUUGCCUCCACUGGUGAGGCAUCAGAGCCUGGCAUUACAGAUAAAAUUGAAAAUUUUGUUCAGCGGAACCUUCCUGACCAGGAAGAUCCACCUGAUACUGGCUCAUUCCAUAAUUUGGCAGUGGAGUUUUCUAUGGUAGCAAAACCUUCACCAGCUCUUAUUCCUGGGUUGCCUGAAAUUGUUAAUAGCCUGCUACGAGAUCGACUGACCAAAGAAAAAUUGUCUGAGGUCCAAUCACAGUAUAUCAGACCAGAGAAUUGUCCUAAUUUAGUUGCACCUAAAGUUAACAAACAAAUUUGGCAGCAAAUGAGGCAGGAAAUUAGAAAUACUGAUUCUGAUCUUCAAAAGACACAGUGUCUAUUGAUUUCAGGCCUUUGUGCUGUCUUAGAGGUGUGUAAUGUUUCUGAUGGGGAUCAAAAAUCUAAGCUUGCCCAUGCAGCUGUUUUAUUGCUGACAGCAAAUCGAGAGUUCAACAUGAAACGCAGGGACUUCAUUCGUCCUGAUCUUAACAAGCAGUAUGGUGCGUUGUGCAAUCCAUCAACGGCCAUUUCAACUUAUAUCUUUGGUGAUGAGUUGAAUAAAGAAGUGAAGAAGCUUACUAAGUCUAAUAAGCUUAGCAACAAAGUUAUCACCAAGCCUCGUUCAGAUUUCCGUGCAGAACCUUACAGGCUGCCCCUUGGCAGGGGUGCACGCGGUCGAGGUCGUUUUAAUCAGACUAGCGGUCGAGGUCGCGGAUCAAGGUCGUACUCGUCUUUUUUAGGGGUAGGCCGGGGUCACGGGCGGACCCCGACAAGCAGCAAGACAUCAGUCAACAAAGGAACUUAGAAUCACCAACCCAGGUAAGUAAUGAUGCUAUUGCUACGUUAAUUGCUAAUCAACCACCAUUUAAGGCAGGUGGUUUGAAAGAUUGUGUUCAUGCUUGGGCAGAAAUUACAUCAGAUCCAUUUAUUUUGGAUGCUGUGACUCAUUGUCAUCUUGAAUUUGAUUCCUUACCUGAGUCAAAUGUUAGUAAUACUAGACCAUAUUUUACUUUUAAUGAGACUGAGCAAACUGUCAUAGAUGGGGAAAUUGAAAAGUUUCUCCAAAAAGGAAUAAUUAGGCAUUCCGUUCCUGAAUCUGGUGAAGUGUUCUCACCUAUAUUUAUUACACCCAAAAAAGAUGGAACUAGUAGAGUAAUUUUCAAUUUAAAGGCAUUCAAUCAAUUUGUCUCAUAUCACCAUUUUAAAAUGGAUACUUUAGAUACUGCCUUCAGACUUAUGCGACCUGGUUGCUUCAUGACCUCCAUUGAUCUUAAAGAUGCUUAUUAUUCUAUUCCAGUAUUCCUAUAGCAUUGGAGCAUCAAAAAUACUUAAAAUUUAUAUGGCGGGAUAAAUUGUAUUGUUUCACUUGUUUGCCAAUGGGUUUGUCAAUUAGUCCUAUAGUUUUUACAAAGGUCAUGAAGCCAGUUUUUGCCACACAUAGAUCUCAGUUUGGACACACCUGUUUUGGCUAUAUUGAUGACUCCUUUUAUACAGAGGGGUCUCACGCGGAAUGUCUCCAGGCUACCCUUAAUGCAGUCAAGUUGAUUAUUAAUUUGGGUUUUAAAGUCCAUCCUGAUAAAUCAGUUACUUUACCGUCACAAUGUAUAGAAUUCCUUGGGUUUCUUUUGAAUUCUGUAACUAUGACAGUUACUCUUAUACCAAAUAAGAAAGCAAAACUUAUCCGAUUGUGUCAGAAGUUUUUGCGCCCAAACACAUUGUUUACUAUUCGCCAGGUGGCGUCUUUGAUUGGUUCUCUAGUUUCAUCUUUUCCUGGCAUUGAGUUUGGCCCUCUUCAUUAUCGUCAUAUUGAGGCAGACAAAAUUUAUUAUUUAAGAAUGCAUCAAGGUAAUUUUGAUGCAGAAAUGUCUUUGUCUACUGACAGUUUAGAGGAGAUUCAGUGGUGGGUAAAUAACAUUCAGUUAUCCACUAGAAAAAUCUCUCAUACCACUCCAGAUAUCACAAUUUACACUGAUGCAUCUGGAACAGGAUGGGGGGCCAAGCUUGAGAAUGGCAGCACAACAUGUGGCAUUUGGUCACAUGAUGAAACUGAAAAACAUAUAAAUUGUUUGGAAUUAUUGGCCAUUCAAUUAGCCCUUUUUUCUUUGUUGCGUGAUAGAAGUAGCAUACAUGUGCGGAUUAUGUGUGACAACACAACUGCUGUCACAUACAUUAAUGAAAUGGGUGGAUGUAGAUCUGUCGAGUGUAAUACUAUUGCUCAAACAAUUUGGAGUUGGGCCAUUGCCAAGGGAAUUUGGUUGUCAGCCGCGCAUAUUGCUGGAUCUGCCAAUGUUGAUGCUGACCAAUUUUCCCGAAAUUUUCAGUCUGUUAGUCGAUGUUCCACGGAUUCUCAAAGUAACUCACCAGAACCUGGUUCAUCCCACGUUAGACAGUUCUCAUCCACUUCAGGAUCAACUGAAGUUUAUGGUAUGCAAGUUAUCCGGAGAUCCUUGUGCGAGUCAGAUAUUCCAACAGACAUUAUCAACACAAUCAUGCAUUCCUGGAGAGACAGGACUCAUAAACAGUAUGGUAACUAUAUCAACAAGUGGUUGCAGUUUUGUGUUCAGGGGUCGUAUGAUCCCUUGCAUCCCACUAUAAAGUGUGUAUUGAUGUUUUUGCAUUCGUUGUACAAAAAAGGUAUGAGUUAUGCCUUACUUAAUACGGCGCGUUCUGAUAUCUCAAAUAUGUGCUUCACCUCUGACAUGGAUUCACAUCAUGUGCCAAUCGGCAAACAUUUUCUAAUUUGUCGUUAUCUCAAAGGAGUGUUCAAUGAAAUGAAACCUGUCCAAAAAUAUCAUUCUACGUGGCCAGUUGACAUUGUCCUUGAUUAUUUGUUCACCUUGUGGCCUUUAGAAAAGCUAACUCUGAAGGAACUUACUUUGACAUUAGUAACAUUGAUAGCACUCACAACGGGACAAAGCUGUCAGACUUUGACGUUUUUGGAUAUUUCUGCUGAUUAUAGGUCUAAGACGGAUGAUUCUUAUCGAUUUGCGCUAACAGAACACGUCAAACAAGACCGACCUGGCAAAGUAUAUGGAAAUCUGUGUUUGUAUAAGUAUACUGUUAUGGAGCUGUGUGUGUAUGCAACAUUAGAAUAUUAUAUGAGUGUCACUGAGAAGUUGCGGACUUCUACAAAACUAUUAGUGUCCUUUAUUAAGCCUUAUAGUGCUGUAACUGCGUCAACGGUUGGACGGUGGAUUAAGACAUUGCUCGGAUAAGCAGGUGUUGACACAUCGAAGUUUUCAACACACAGCACAAGGGUUGCAUCCACUAGCAAGGCAGCCGUAUCUGUACCGGUAGAUGUAAUCCUGGCCACAGCUGGCUGGAGGGACGCAUCGAUAUUUUGUAAGUUCUAUAAUAAGCGUGUUUCUGUUACCAACCAAAUGAGUUUGGCUGGGUUAAAACGUUGAUAAGUUGAUAUUAUAUGUUUAUCAUUGUGUUGCAAUGUAUAUUAAUGACAAUGGUUUUUCUGAUAGGUGUCAUUUUGUGUUCACUGCUUUAAAAUCUCAUGGUAACCCGGAUGUAUGUAGUGAUUUGGUAGAAUUAAAAAUUAUACGAGACUUACCUUAAGUUGAAGUUUGAUUACAAUUCUACCGAAUUACUUACAGUGCAGAAGGGUUAACAUGCCCUAAAUUCCCAUAGACAAUUUAUCCAUCCCUAGUUUUGUCAUUGCAUGGUCGCAUUCAACUGACCACAAAAUGUCUUUCAAGGCUGAUCUACGGCGAUGCGUGCGCAUCUCAUGUCUCGUUUAAUUUAUUUUUUUUUACAAGAAAACGAUGUUAAAUUUAAUACUCUGGAGACCUCAGAGACUUGGGUACAAGGCAGUUCUUGUGACAAAAAUCACAUAAACUUUUGUAUAUCUCGUGUAUUCGUAAGAUGUUUCGUGUGUAGUAACUGUUUUUUUAUUUACAAAUAUCAAACCUUAUUCCAAAAAGAAUGUCUUGAUGUGAGAGCCAAAAGUUAUCAUUGCAUGCGUGCCAGCAAAUUCGGGAAAUGUCUAUUGCUAUACUUAAACCAUCAUCAACACGUUUUUCCAUCAAUCAUAUGCGCGCGUAAAACGUAAGUUUCAGUAUUUUUUAUCACUCAGAAUGAAGCAAUCUGAUUGGCUGAGGAGCCUUUCAGAGCGGGCCGGAUUUUUGCUUUCGGCCCGCUCUGAAACAAAACUACCCGCUGUAAAAUUCAACUGCCCUUCUGGUUUUCGCGCGGAAAACCAAGGAGUGAAACAAUUUUUUAACUAAAAAUCUGCCCAAAGCAUUGGACAUAUAUUCAGAACACGAAAAUGAAUUCCAUCAAGCUCUAAAGACUUCGUACUUCGCACGAUGUACACCAGAAUUGACAAUACUUUGAGAGAAAUGUGGCUGAAAGUCGGAAAUUUAUUUGACAUGUAUAAAACUUACGCCGAGAAAGCUAUAUUUUUGUUUUAAAUGCUCAUGUAUUCGGCCACUUAAAAGCGAAUAAAUUAUUAUAGCUUAAUUAAACAAAUAUUGUAAAGAAAUAUUUUCCCCUUACAUAUGCAAUCUUAAAAGACGCCUUAGCUGCAGUGAAAACAAUUCAUGAGUGCACUGAUAGGCCUAUAAAUUGAAAACUAAGUAAAAGUCUGUGUUUAAAAACACAUUUUUCAAGCAUAUUAUCGUGACAGGACCAGAAAAGUACAAAAUUUAAAAGUAGCAUACCUUCUUCGUUGUCCUUUUAGUAGAAAUUGACGUUGAUUAAAUCAAAACGUCAGAUUCAUUUAAAUGUGUUUUUGAUCGACAAAGCAAGUUAAUAUGAAACCUGUCGUUGUUUGUCAAAGCCAAAACGCCAGGCCGAAACUUUUUAUUCCAAUGAUUUUCUGCUACCAUUACCACAUUCACAUGAAAAAAGCAUGUACAUUUUUGCUUCAACACUGUAGAUUUUUUGUGCGUUUCUUAACAAGAUCCCGCUUUGUCGCGAGCUCGAUCUCUAAUCAUAACACAUAAUAAAUCAGAACUUAGAAGGUUCUCUGACCGAAUCUCUUUUACAAGUCUUAGCCUUAGGUCUGUACUUGAAGACUAUGGAUGUGAAGGCAGAACUAGUCAAAGUUCGUGAAUAAAACAGUGAUAAGAUUUUCCAAUAAAAAUUAAAAAUGUGAAAAUUUUCCAGGUAACAAAAUUUAUCUUUCUUUCUUCUCUACAUUUCGCGUCCAAAAUGUUUUAUAUCGCAACAGAUAAUUAUUAUAGAUUAUUAUUUCUCAUUUAUUAUUUGUAAUCAAACAACAAGGAUUUAAUUUCACAUCAUAAAUUAUCAUAUCAAAACACCCAGAAAUUCUGGGUGUCAUGUGACCAGUCGAUCCCAUGAGGGCCAUUUUCGCCGACCUUCGGCCAAGAAGGCAAAAUACUCCUAGAUGAGGUUGCUCUUGAAGCUAAAAUAAAAAUUCUGGCAAAAUUAACAUCGAUCCUUCGCUAUUUUUAGGUAUGAAAGCAUCUCGUGUUACUCUUAUGUUAAUCGGCGACAAUGGAUGCGGCAAAACAUGUCUGCUCAUGGUUUUCCGAGGUGAUGAAUGUCCGCCAUACUACAUCCCAAAAGUUUGCAUAGACUGUGUUAAAGAACAAAAUAUUGAUGAUGAGAACAUCGAAGUUCUUGUAUUUGACAGCAUGUCCCACGAAGAUCAUGAUAAAUUGAGAACGUUAUGCUAUCCUGCUGUAAACCUAGUCAUUAUUUCAUAUUCAAUUGAUUCCCAAACCACUUUUGAAAAUGUUAGGAAAAGAUGGCUACCGGAAGUAAAUCAAUAUGCUCCGCAGAUUCCCGUGGUACUUGUAGGAUGGAAGAACGAUCUUAGGGAUAACGGGAGUACAGGGAAGGAUACAGACGAAGAAACAUUGGUGUCCGAAGCUCAAGGACACAAGAUGAAAAGUGAAAUAGGAGCUGUAGAAUUUUUUGAAUGUUCUGCUCUCAAAAAUGAAGGAGUACACAAAUUGUUUGAAACUGUGGCGAGAAUUGCUUUAGCCGAAAAGCGCAGACAACGGCCCGGUCGUUGUUUUGUCUUAUAAGCUGUUGAAAUCGAAAAGUAAUUAUCAUUUGUUUUAAUUGUCAAAAGAAAUAAAAAUGAUACAUGAAUAUCCUUUGACAUCUUUAUGGGCCGAUACAGAACUAUUUUUACAGGACUAACGCCUGUAUUCAGAAAGAUCACUCACUCGUACUCACCCUUUUAAUUUAAGUUAUAUUCAAGUGAGUGACAUUAAGAAGGGAUUGAAAUACGAUUGUGAACGAAAUAAGAGUCUAACGUUCCACUCCCUGCAUUUGCAUUCAUAAAGCUCACUCGAGUGCGACUUGUCUGUGAUGUACUUUGUCUUUCUUAUUAGUGUUGUUAGUGGAUUUACAUGUUUUAGAAUCAUAUAUAGCAUUUACAUAUCUGUCCACUGUCCAGUAAGUUAAAUCCACAAUAUAGGAGAAGUCCCCAUGUUCUUCACGGCAAAUUAAUACCGUGGACGAAAUCUAAUGUAUCAAUUUAUUCUUGAUUACGCAAUUGCCGCAGGUAUGCUUUAAUAACACGACAUUCAGCUAUAGUUGUUAAGAUUGGCAUAAGUUUUCACAUCCAAAUGGAAAUAUACCUGUUGAAUGCAGAAAAAGUUAAAUUUCUGCAACGAUGCAUCAUCCACCUCCAUUAAUUGCAGAUAUGCUUUUCCCGACUAUGUCCAGUAGAUUACGAAAGCCAUUCUGCUUUAACAUGUUGUCAUGUACAUCUACAAUUCGGAACUACUCCUCGAUAUAGUUCUGACAAUAAGUAUAAUUUAAUGUCCAUUCAUUCUAGAUAAAGGAGCUCCAGUAGGAUAUGACUGAGCCAUUUCAUCAUAUUUCAUCCCAAUAUAUGUCAGCUGAAAAUCUGAAACACUGCUUGUUACAAGUGUUUCUUGUCCGUCCUCAGGUACUAUUUUUGGGCUGCACUUGAGGUCAUGGCGGCCAUUUUUGAGGAUCUUUAACAAAAGAAUUUCAUUAGCAGCUAUUGUAUUUGAAGCGCGUUGUCAUCCACAUGGUCGCCAUAUCUUUGUCAAAUAAAUCAGUGGUGGCGCCAAGGAGGGGCUAGGGGGGGGGGGCUACAGCCCCCUUGUCGGGGAGCCCUAGCCCCCCCCACAUCGGGGAAAAUUAAUAGAUGCGUCGGGGAAAACUGAGAAAAAAAUUUGAAGGAAUUCCGAAAAGCACGAUCUUGUCGCCAAGCUUAUUCUCCCGCAUGUUAUUACAUUAAUUAUUAAUCAUUGACAUUAAUAUUCAUUCACUUCUGCACUAGCUAGCUAGCAAGGUGCGACUGUAGUUCGUAGUUACGCACAUUUCUUAACAUAGUACAUGCGUUACGCAAGUUCGCUUACGUACCGUGGUCGAAGGAUUUUUUAUCUGCAUAUAGAUGACAGAAUAAUGGUGUGGUUGAGUGGGAGAAUUGGAGAAAGGCCAGACAAACUCGAUUUUGGGUGCGGGAGCUAGGAGGUCUGGGAGUGUUCCCCAAGACAAUUUGAAUCUAGAGGCUCUUAAAAGAUUUCUUUUACCCAACCACUCACAAAAACUGUUUCAAAACAUGUAACUGGGAAUCAUGGAUAUUCAAUAUAUAAAAACCUUAAAUUUGCAUUUGAGGCAGCAAAGCUAGAAUAUUAGGUUCUCCCACUCUAAUCUCUUUUGGGGAGCUUCCUUUCGCCCCAAUUUUACCUUCUUUUCCAUUACCCCAGCACGUAAGUGAUUUGUGAGGACAAUAGGAGGGUCUGGGCUACUCUCCAAGAAAACGUUUAUAUUUGUGAUGCUCAAUUAAUGACAGCAUUUCUGGAGCAUCCACAAGGGUAACGAGUAAAUGAGACGACUGUUUUAAUUAAGGCUAUUUUUGUUAGUUUGGUGACUGCACAUUUGUGUUUUAAUGUGACUACACAUUUUGUGUAGAACUGUACGUUCAAAUAAACCCUGGCAUAUAUAAACGUACACUUGCACAUUUUAUGUAAAUAACUUAUAUAAAGUGAAGAUAUCUAAGUCUAUCUCGCUUGGCGCACUCAAAAGGACAUUGACGACUUCUACGUGAAAUAAGUAUUCUGCGGAAUAUUUCUACAUGAACCGGCAAUCAUCUUCAAUUUGGAAAUCGGAAAGCAAUACUCGCUCUAAAAACGUAUUUGGCCAUACGCUCUAAAGUUCGUUGCACAGUUUGUCAUGAGGUUUUUCAAAACGACUAUGUCGGGAAACAUAGAAAAUCUAAACACAAAGACUUUCACGCGCCUGGUCGUCAGGCUCCCAUAUAACCAUUGAGUUGGAUAAGUCUGAUACUCGUCAGAGUAAAGCUGUAUCGCCGCCACUACCACAAACGUCUGCAAGUCCCGUAGUAUAUUGAUUCGUACAUUUUAUAAAGAAUGCAUCAUGCAGGCUCAAUUGUAUAUUUUAAGUGUAUAAAUUAUGUACUGUUUAAUAAACGAGCAGGAGUGUUUUAUUAGGUUUAAAGCCACGAGCGCGCAGCGCGAGUGACUUUAGACCUAAUAAAACACGACCUGUGAGUUUAUUGAACGGCUUCAAACACGACUACAAAUUCAAUAGAUAUACUGCCUUAUUAGUAUUCUUUAUAUAAAGAAUACUAAUUAGCAGUGUUUUAUCAGGUUUAAAGCCACUGCACGUGACAUAUUAUGGUUGACAUGAUUUGCCAAUAAGCUUAUGAAUUAUUAAUGAGUGUUUGAAGUUAGUAUAUACUAUACGCUUAACCAUGAAAAAAUUUGCAUAGUCCCCCAGUCGGGGAACAUAGCCCCUCCGUCGGGAAAUUUCUGGCGCCACCACUGAAAUAAAUCUCAAGGGAUUGAUUGCAACCCAGCAAUAACUGAUCAUAUCUACACCAUACUUGUCCUCCUGUACUGAAUCAUGCAGUUUUAAAAUUUUGUAUUGUCGAACUUGGCCUUAGCGACCAUUAACCUAUUUUUAUAAUUUGCAAAAUUAAUCCUCAGCCCGUUUUCCUAUUACUAUUAAGCUUCCUGUGUUUGAAUAAUUAGACCACAUAGGCUUAGUACAAAAAGAUCGUUUUAAUAACUACGUUUCGGAGUAUAACUCCAUCUUCGGGUUAAAAGUAACUAAAUAUCUAGCUACUAUACGCAAUCCUAACGGAUUUUGUCUAAAUUUAUAAUUGUUUUUAAAGUUUUAUAUCUUUAGUUACUUUUAACCUGAAAAUGGAGUUAUACUCCGAAACGUAGUUAUUAAAAUAAUAUUUUUGUACUAAGCCUAUAUGGUCUAAUUAUUCAAAAACAGAAUUACUAAAAUGCGGCUUAGAAAAAGUUCCGUCAUACAAGAUUAUUAAGCUUCCGUGAAGCGUGCAUUUAGAAUUACGUUUCAAAACGUUUCUCCCAGGAAGUUCGUGGACGAAAACGUUUUGGCAAAUUUUGAAAUGAUAUUCACGUAAUUAUCCUUACAAUCAGUUAUUUAUGACAAUUCUAAUGAUCUUCUAGGACUAUUUCUUGUUUUCAUUCUGUUAGGAAGUUUUUAACCCAGCUAAUUAUAUAGUUGGUUCAUGGACUUCCAUAGAAGUAGUUUACGAAGUAAAAUUUUAUGGUCAAUAUGGUCAAAAGCCUUAGCGAAAUCCAAUAGGGAAAUCCUUAUAAAAUUUUUUGGCUCAUCGGAUCUACAGUACUGAGUAAAUGGCGAAUGAAGCUCAAUAGUGCGUGAGUUGUCGACGAUCUCUUUAGCGAACGAUAUUACCGUUUAUCAAUCUUAUCAAAAAUCGAUUUCAUCAGCCAAUCAGCAAUGAAUCAUUCACAUAUUUUAGCUGGGGUAGAUGUAUAAGAAAAAUUGGUCGUAAAUCCGUAUUCAUAUAAUUUAAAUUCUUUACUUCUUGAAUCGGAAUAAUAUCCGUUUUUUUCCAGAUAGCUAGUUGGACCAAUGAUUGUUGUAUUGAUGAAUUCAAUAAUCAAUAUGGAUGCCAUUGGUAAGGCAAGUAUUAAUGAAUUAUACUUUAGGGCCCAGUUACGCUAGGUAUAUGAUCAGCACCCGACGACUUUGAAAUUAAAAUUGAAAUGGUGCAUAAUUUGCGAAAACUUCAAUUUCGCUAAUAUUAGUUCGGAUGGAAUUUCAGAAUUAUCGAUUUUAUAUUGCAUGCCAAUAGGUGUGAUAUAACGGAUCUAGGUGUUGCGUAACAGAGACGAAGGUAAGGUUUAUUUUCUCAGCAAGAUCAUUGCCUCUGAUCAGUCCUACCCACCGAGACGAUAGACUGUGGUAAUUGCUUUUUUGGGUAGCUAGCUAAUUGUUUUACAGUGUUCCACCAUUUCUUAUUAUUCUAAACCUUGACUGGAGGGGAGGGGCUUUAGCCCCCAACUAAUAUAGUACAUAAAAAAACGCCCUGAAGAUUCCAGGUCAAGUCGGUUCGAGUGGGUGAUAUUUUGAAACUCAGUGUGUUUUUAUGACUUUGAUUUUUUUGUUUCGGAUGUUAUGCACUCUGGUGAAGAUAUGUUGUCUCUGAAUGUGUCCACACCGGCACAGAGAAGAGAAAUACAGAGUUGUAACUAGUGUACCUACUUUUUCGUGCGCAUGCUCGGCAAGUUACUAGAGGCAUGCAUCUGAUUGGUUGAUGACCUGAUGACGACUCACUUUAAACUUGCAGAGCAGGCGCAGUUGAUCAUUUUUGCCCGGUAGUCUGAAAGUGGGUACAUGAAAACGUAAGCUUCCGCAGUGUUUACAACGGUUAGUUACGGCUCUGUAUGUCUCUACUCUGUGACACCGGGCAAGCUGAACAGUAUGGUUUGCAGGUCAGGCAUUUGCAAAAUCAUACAAUUACAAUAUAUUAUCUAAAAGACAUUUAUAUAAUUAGGCCAUCAGUAACAAUAUAAAGGGCUCCCGAGCCGAUAUUUCAAUCACGAAAACGAGGCUCUAUAUCCCAGGUUGAGUACUUUACGGACCAGUGACGUAGUACAAGCAUGCGCAUGGAAUAUAUAUUUUCAUUUUUUGUAAUGGAAAUUAUAUAUCUUCCUAUGUUUUAAAUAGUCUGUAUUUGAUUGGGAUGAAGUAAAGUUGUUAUUUUAUCGACUCUAGAAUUUACAAAUUUCACCAGGCAGCAUACCCCUGGACUUAACAUUUCGCUGUACUAUAUUUUGCAUAUGGAUAGCGUGGGACUCCAAAUCGUAUAAUGAACAAACUUUGUUGGACCUGGCGUAGGGUAAAAUUGCUUCGGCUCUCCUGUGAUGUCCCCCCCCCCCCUUCCCUGGCUAUGUCCAGAGGGCAGAGGGCAACGCAUUGAUUUAUACUGGCAGAUUUGCCCAUUCGCAGGCUGGAAAUUGAAAUUCGAGUAUUUCCGGGACUUCUUUUAGAACGAACGAAGGAGACUACACACAGAAACCAGGCAGAAACGCAAUCUUCAAAGGUUUGCGGCAGAUUUAUAAUACAGCAGAUUGGAAGAGGUAACAUUUUCAAUAUGAUUUGUAAACAUGCAACACACACUGUUCUCGGUAAAUUAUAGUUAUUUGUAUAGCUGUGUUGCAGUGUUGAGUGUUGGAUAUAUGCCAGAGUGCAGAGCAGCAGAGGUUACAGAUUAUUUUGGCUUAUUUUUCACCCUGCUCGGUUUCCUUGGUUCUUAUCGGGGAAUGUAUUCAAUAUUCCCCUUUAAUCAAUUUCCGUUUAAUAAUCCCCUCUAAUAUUCACCUGCAAUAAAUAAUCCCCUCUAAUAUUCACCUGCAAUGUCUUUGCAGCACAAAAAAUGAGAAAAAAACCCAAUAUAACGAAGGCAAUGGCAUUAAGGAUUAUUUCUAUUCUGACUCAUUAACGCGACCUCGCAGUGUGAAAAAUAAGUACGUUAUUUUGAGGCAGCUCGGGGAUAUGUGUUUAUUCACCUCGGCGCUGCGCGCCUCGGUGAAUAAAUCACAUAUCCCCUCGUUGCCUCAAAAUAACCUAUACAUAUAAGCAUAUUACCGAUAUUGGCAUCAGAUUACUCAAAGUCAUGGAAAUAAUGAAAUGAGAUUAUUUUACCGUUUUAAAAGCACACAGGAUUGUCUAUUUUGACAUUGGUUUUAUUCCCCAAAAGUGAAAUGUUUUGAAGGGCAAAUAUUGGUGUACAUGGUAUCUCCGAGUGUAUCUCCGUUGUAUAUUUACUGAAGUGAAGUUGUCACGACAUUGGUCACGACAUUCAUCACAACAUUCGCACCGACAUUUCUCAGGAGAUUAAUUAAAAUAGAUUUAGUAAACAGAUAAUGACCACAUGUGGUGAGCUCGCUAUUUCCCAUCAUUUAAAAGAAAUGAACAUAAAAAUAGGUAUUAGCAUAUGGAAAAUUAUUUACAUUUUGAUCUUUGCAGCAAUAUUAAUUCUAUCGAAGAUCUUGAACAAUUUAGACAGUUUAUAGGUAGUAACGUUUUUUUUCAAAAACCCAAUGCUAUAAGUCAGGCCCCGAUUACACUAUACCGGAUUGCAUCGAAGCGACGCGAUUUCUGUACCGGAUUGGCCUCUUGUUUACACUACGCCACUGUAAUCCGGUACGUGCCGCGGCGCGAAAAUCACUUCGCUUUGGAGGUGAUAUGAAAAGUAAUCCGGUACGUGCUGUACCGGAUAAAACCAAGUGUAAUCAGGCAAUCCGGUACGCUCCGGUACUAUAAAUAGGUUUCGGCAAGUAUAUUUUAACAUUGUCGUUUUAUUUACUCGCUUUUAAAUAUUUUAUAGCUGUUGUUUGCUUCGCUUUACAAUUAUUUAUUAUUUCUAGCGAAGACAAAUAAAGAUAGCGAUAAUAACAUUGACUUCUUGCUUUCAAAAGGGCAAAAUUUAAUGAAAUACUCGUCAAUUUUCGAUACGAGCGAGACAAAGCAACGUCGGGUGGUCAAGCUUUGUAAACAAAGUUAUAAUUCACAAGUACUGUCGAGAAAACGUCCAAAAUGGUCAAAACUUAUUAUUUGUUUCCGUGGCAACGAUAAAAGAUACUAGCUGGCGACAGAGCGAAGCGGCAUAGUGUAAACACCCUUGAUUUUGGCUUCGGUGUGAAAAUUGAUCCGGUAUGAAAAUCAAUCCGGUAUAGUGUAAUCCCAGCCUCAGUCGCAUCUGCAUUCGAUCAUGCCAAAUCAUCAAUUCAAACAACUACAUUUGCAAGUGGAAUUAAUCUAAUAUACAUACACGCAAGUAUACUACAUAUGCAGUUUCUAAUAGACAAUGGUAACAACAUAUUAAAUCAUGUUUGCAAUUUUUAAAAGCUUUUAACAACAGCUAGUCAUAACUUCUAAGUAUAACUUGGCAUAUUGCCAUCACGAAAUUCAUCACUUCAUGCCAUUCAGAAGGGUAUUGCUUAAUUUCUUAUAUAGAACAUUAUACACCUUCGAGCAGUAUGACAUUUGUCAUAGAGACCAAAUGAUUUUUACACCGUUUUUGCCUUUUUGGUAUUUGUAUGUGCAACACAUACAAAGCUGAAAGUCCAUGUUUCAACAAAUUCAAUACGUUUUCCAUUUUUGACAUACUGUAUAUGGCGUAUAAUUUUAUGCUGUUUAUAUCGAUAGUAAACAUGUCCUGGGGAACAAAUUAUUUAUAUGCGUUUUUUCUGCCAUUUCUUUGAAAAUGUAAUACGAAGUUCCGCACUGCACUUUCAUGCAAAAUGGUUAUCUAUGUUGAGUUCUCAUUUUCUCGUUACCUAAUCAAUAGGAAUUUUUUAUUUUAACAUGUAUAUGCUGUACAAUUUUAUGCUGUUUAUAACCAUACUAUAAUUGUCUUGGGGACCAAAUGAUUUAUAUGCGUUUUUGAGCUAUUUAUUUCACAGUGUAAUACGAUAUUCCGCACUUCGCUUUCAUGCAAAAUAGGUUGUCUAUGUUGAGGUCGCAUUUCAAGUCUGAUUACCUAUUUUAUAGGAAUUUAAAUUUUUAUUUUAACAUAUAUGGCGCAGAAUUUUAUGCUGUUUAUAACCAUACUAAAACUGUUCUGGAGACCAAAUGAUUUAUACGCGUUUUUGUGCUAUUUCUUUGAUAGUGUAAUAAGAGAUUCCCGUCUGCGCUUUCAUGCAAAAUGGUUGUCUAUGUUGAGGUCAGAUCUCAUUUUUUCGUAUUCUAUAAGAAUUUUUUUAUUUUAACCUAUAUGGCGUAUAAUUGUAUGCUCUUUAUAACGAUGCUAUAGUUGUUCUUGGGACCAAAUGAUUUAUACGUGUUUUUGUGCUAUUUCUUUGACAGUGUAAUACGACUCCGCACUGCGCUUUCAUGCAAAAUCACUGUCCCCGCUCAGGUCUCGUUUUCUGAUUAUUUAUAUUCUAUAGGAAUUUUUUAUUUUAACAUAUAUGGUGUUAGUAGAAUUUUAUGCUGUUUACAACCAUGCUAAACUUCUCCUGGGGACCAAAUGAUUUAUAUGCGUGUUUGUGCUAUUUCUUUGACAGUGUAAUACGAGAUUCCGCUCUGCGCUUUCGUGCAAAAUGCAUGGUUGUCUAUGUAUGUCAUAGGAAUUUUUCAAACAGCAUACAAUUCCACGCCAUAUAUGUUAAAAUAAAAUUCCUAUAUAACAAUUUGUGUUCAAUAUAUAGACCACAGUAAGACUUGUUUUAAAUGUGUGUAUUACAUUAACAAACGACGUUUCGGAGAUUUACUCCAUCUUCAGGUAGAGUAGUUAGAACAUAGGCUGCCCAAAAGUGCGUGUUGUAAUUUUUACCCUCGCGCGUGGCGCUCGGGCAUGCAUCGAGUCUACUCAGUUUAUUAUUAUGACAAGGUUGGCAAGACUUUUAACGGAAAUUUAUUACAACGUUUACUAGAGUAUGAAUAUUUCGCAAAUUACAAACAAAAACAAUAAAAAAUCUACAUCAUUUCAAACACUGGUAAUUUUACUACAUUCUCUCAAAGUUUUAACUUCAAAAGUUCAUUCUAAGGUUGUUAAAAUAGCGAAUUAUUUUCGUUUUUUUUGCAAAAUUUUGUCAAAACUAUGCUGGGGUCACGUAUCCUGUGGUGAUGUCAUAUAUUUAAAUCUUGAAGAAGCGUUGAUUUGCUGCUGUUGUACACGAUUCCAGUGAACAGCAAAUCAACGCUUCUUCAAGAUUUAAAAAAUAUGACAUCACCACAGGCAUAGAUUAAGUAAGAACAGAUGUGUAACUUCAGUAAAAAAGUUGUCCCACGGUCGCCAUCUUCCUAGCAAGUGUCGCUCGCGUGACAAUUCGUCAUUUGGUAAUACGUCAUUGCUUUCAAAAUGCUUUCAACACGUUUUCCACAACUUUAAUUGCUUUUAACAACUUUGAACAUUGAACAAAUGAUGCUCUCGAUUGUCUAAUCCAUAAAUUUCGAUCCAAAAAAGCCGCAAUAAUAUGCAAACGUUCGUGUUUCCAGGACGCCAUUUUGCUAGCAAGUGUCAUGGCGUGAGCAUGACGUGUACAUCUAGGGAAAUUUGAGGACACGAAUUCCUAUUAAGUUACACAUCUGGUAUAUACUUCAUCUGUGCCACAGGGUACGUCACCCCAGCAUAGUUUUGACAAAAUUUUGCAAAAACCCCGAAAAUAAUUCGCUUUUUUAACAACCUUAGAAUGAACUUUUGAAGUUAAAACUUUGAGAGAAUGUAGUAAAAUUACCAGUGUUUGAAAUGAUGUAGAUUAUAUAUUGUUUUUGUUUGUAAUUUGCGAAAUAUUCAUACUCUAGUAAACGUUGUAAUAAAUUUCCGUUAAAAGUCUUGCCAACCUUGUCAUAAUAAUAAACUGAGUAGACUCGAUGCAUGCCCGAGCGCCACGCGCGAGGGUAAAAAUUUCAACACGCACUUUUGGGCAGCCUAUGGUUAGAACUACAAUUUGAAUUUAAAGUAACAUGCGCAUGCAUAAACGUUAAAUUGCGACCGUUAUUCGCGCGUGCGAAAUUGUGUAUCGUAUAAAUGACGUGUCUGAUUAAUUCUAAUAAAAAUCAGAAAUUGUUAAUUCUGUCUUUAAUGUUUAAACUACGAAAUCCAAGACAUCUAACUGUUCCUAUUUUCCAUUCAAGUCUGGAUUGAGCUUAAGGACUAGAAAAUACAUGCAUGCAGAAACCCCUCGCCUUACUGACAAAACCAUUUCCGAACAUGAAGUAUUUAAAGUAGUUGUCAUGGUAACACGAUAAUUUUAUUAAGAAUAUUUUUACAAAUGAAAAAUCCCCUAAAAAUAUCACUUUUAAUUACAAACUUUUCAAUUCCUCAAACAUAUAUAUGUUAAGUAUGUUAUUAUACGUCAUAUAAGUUUCAAUUUAAGGUAAAAUUCAACCUCAAACGCUUCGCAAGACGUUUUAAAAUGUUCUUAAUAAAACUAAACGCCUGCUUUAUCGAAAAACUUUAAGUUUGAAACAAAAUGAUUUCAAAUUCCCGCAUUAAUAAAAAAGGUUAAUCAAUAAAGAAACACUGAAAUUAUAGGCUGUUUUUCAUUUAAAAUAUACGCAACGAUCAGCUUCCAAGCCGUUUUAAAGCGAACAAUAUAUACAUCAAUAUUUAAAACAAACCUACCUUCGUUAACGUCGGUGCCUUUACCCCUUCUUUUAGUAAUUCUUUCGCCUUUAUUAUCUUAAAAAGCUUCUGAAAUUCACAAAAUCUUGCAAAAGUGAAAUAUAUUUGCAAGAGAUCAUCAUUCAUCAAUCAUAAAAUCAAGAAAUGUUUGCUAUUUCGCUAUCGUCAUGCAGUCGUUAUAAUGCAAACUUUAAAUUUGACCAAUAGUGUCGGCUAUUCACGACAGUCCGCCAUAUUUUUGAGAUCAGUGAGGAUGACCACCCACCGAAACUUCGUUGGUGACCGACGCCCGCGAUCAUUGAUGAACUUUAGACUUCGCUAAUGCUUUCGUUUCCCCGGGUGUAAAUAGCCGGGCGGAAUUAGUGCCCUCGCCCCGGGCUUACGGCCGGAACGGCGCUCCGCGCCGUUGGCUCGUGGAUGAAUAAUGCUUCGGUAAGUUUCCGUUCUACAGACCUUUUGUUCUUUUUAAUUAAAAUCUUAACAGACAGUUAAGUUUUUUGUCCGUAAUGUUAGUCGAGAUAGUGCUUCGAGAAAACCAUGUUUUUAUAAGACUUUGCUUUCGAAUUUGCUGUGGAACGAAAAUGUUCUUGGUAUCGAACAAAUCAAUAAUGGUCUGCCUGUUUCACCUACGUAGCUACGUUGUUCCGCGAAGGUCACAGUUGAUUUGUUACACGGACAUCUUUCUGUGUACACCGAACGGGAACAUUUGAGUUGCCGCAGAUUGGACAUUCAGAGGUGUCUGUGCAUACUUUAACGUAAGGUCGCGAUUUUACGAGGAGUUGUUUAAGUGAGCUUUGCAAUUGUGGUCUUUCAACUGUAUUUUGACAUUGAGGUUUGAACUCUGAACCGCUCUUCGGAUGUCGGUGGUAAAGCUUCUGGAAAUGAAUGGAAUUGUGAAUGUGGGAAGAGGUACGACUUUCGAUUCUGACAGUUUUCGUUUUGUUGUCUGGAAUUUUUUUAUAUAGUUGUUGCUAUAGCCGUUUCGUCUCGCUCUUCUUUCAAACUUCCGUUCAGCUUCUUCAAACAGGGCGUCGGUUGAACAUAUGUAUGUAUAUGUCUUGAUGGUAUUACCGAUAGCAGCCCGUUUGAUUUGUUCUGGGUGAUGUGAUUUUGCAUUCAACAUUAUUCCUUUGUUUACCGAUUUUGUAUGCCAUCCCGUCUCCACUGUUCCAGAUUCAUUUACCUUGAUUUUUGUGUUGAGGAAUGGGAGAAAUCCAUCUUCGCCUAGUAACUCGAUUUCGAAUCGUACUGAUGGGUCUUGUGAAUUAAGCUUGUCUUGGAUCUUUAUAGCUUCAUCUGGGCCGCUAGCAGGCGUAAUACAAUCAUCAAUAUAUCGAUAAUAUAGAAGGGAAGGGAAAGAGCUUGGUCGGAAUAUAUAUAUAUAUAUAUAUAUAUAUAUAUAUAUAUAUAUAUAUAUAUAUAUGUAUAUAUAUAUAUAUAUAUAUAUAUAUAUAUAUAUAUAUAUAUAUAUAUAUAUAUAUAUAUAUAUAUAUAUAUAUAUAUAUAUAUAUAUAUAUAUAUAUAUAUAUAUAUAUAUAUAUAUAUAUAUAUAUAUAUAUAUAUAUGGGGCUAACCGGUUUCCCAUAGCCAGACCUCGACGCAGUUCGUAAUAAGAUCGUUUCCAAGAGAGGCAGUUAUUUCCGAAGAUAGCUUUGGUGAGUAGAAUGACGUCAGAUACAAAUUAUACUAUUAACAUGAGGCUUAGGGAAAGUUCGUUCCUAAACAUCAUAUAGAAUAGGUAACGAGAAAAUGGGACCUCCCCUUUGCAUGAAAGCCCAGUGCGAAACCUCGUAUUACACUGUCAAAGAAAUAGCACAAAAAACACAUAUAAAUCAUUUGGUCACCAGAGGUACCACUCUCAGCAUCCAUUGCACCCCAGGACAAUUUUAGUAUGGUUAUAAACACCUUAAAUUUCUACGCCAUAUACAUUAACAUUAAAAAAAUCCUAUAGAAUAGGUAACGAGAAAAUGAGACCUCAACAUAGACAACCAUUUUGCAUGAAAGCACAGUUGCAGUGUCGUAUUACACUGUCGAAUAAAUAGCGCAAAAACGCAUAUAAAUUAUUUUGUCCCCAGAACAAUUUUAGUACGAUUAUAAAUAGCUUAACAUUAUACGCAAUAUAUGUUAAAAUAAACAAUUUCUAUAGAAUAGGUAACGAGAAAAUGAGACCUCAACAUAGACAACCAUUUUGCAUGAAAGCGCAGUGCGGAAUCUCAUAUUACACUGUCAAAGAAAUAGCACAAAAACAAAUAUAAAUUAUUUGGUUCCCAGGACAAUUUUAGUAAUAAUGGUCAGAAAAAGCUUAAAAUUCUACGCCAUAUACAUUAAAAUAAAAAGUUCCUAUAGAAUAUGUAAUCAGAAAUUGAGACAUAGACUUGGAUUAUGACAUAGAUUUGGAUUAUGCAUGAAGCGCGGUGCAGAGUCGUAUUACACUUGCAACGAAAUAGCACAAAAACGCAUGUAAAUAAUUUGGUCCCAGGAAAAUAUAUGGCAUAAAAUUCUAAGCCAUAUAUGUUAAAAUAUGAAAUUCGUAUAGAAUAGGUAAUAAGACCUUAACAUAGACAACCAUUUUGCAUGAAUCGAAAGCGCAGUGCGGAAUCUCGCAUUACAUUUUCAAAGAAAUAGCAGAAGAACGCGUAUAAAUCAUUUGGUUCGCAGGACAUGUAUUGUUUACUAUCAUUAUAAACAGCAUCAAAUUAUUGCAUAUAUGUCAAAAUGGAAAAUCGUAUUGAGUCUGUUGAAGCAUGGACUUUGUAGCCUAUGUGUUAUUAAUUUGUAAAUAACAAAAAGGCAAAAACGUGUAAAAACGUUGGUUCCUAUGACAAAUUUCAUAUUGCUCGAAGGUGUAUAAUGAUCUAUAUAAGAAACAAGACGCUCUACGGAGCGUUAACUCGCUGGGGCUAUACAAAUACGCUCAUUACUGUACAUGAUACAUACAGUACACAGCUAUUUCAAUUAAAUGCCAUUUUCCAUUGCAGUCGCUUUGCCCGCGCGUGCGGAGCGUACAUUACUCAACUUUCUCUGUAGUUGUCUAACUUGUGCAUUUUUUGUCCGCCUGACUGCCCGCGGACAUGCCAUGAAAGUUGAACUACAUUCGACUUGCUUGGUUUGCCCGCGCGACUGAUUUUUCACGUGAUUAAAAUUUGUCGCUACGCCCGCGCGGGCAAAGCGACUACAAUGGAAAAUGGCCUUCCCCGAGCUAAGCGGAAAAGUCGAAUACGAGCGCGAAAGGCUUAACACAGUACUAAAUGCGGUAGGUCCUAGAGGUGUGCAUCGGAUCGGAUUGGGCGUUUAUAAUCCGACAAUUGCCUUAUGUUUAAAAUCCGAUCCGAUCCGAAAUUGUCUAAUCCGAAUCCGAUCCGAUCCGAGUUUUGAUAAUGAAUACCAAUCCGAUCCGAUCCGAAGAAUUCUUAAACAAAAUAAAUUUCUCAUUCAAUGCAAGUUGAAAUAUUUAACCAAAUAAAUAUAAAAGCAAAAAAAACAUAUCAAGAAGCUGACAAAGUGACGUCCAAUUCGGAAGUAUCAAACGAAUAAUGCAGCGGCAACCGCAAUAAUGCUUUGAUAAAUUCAUGGAUUUGAUUCUUGCGAUAAUGCAUGGAUAAUUAAUUCAUUUCAUUUCGGAUAUCGAAGUCAGAUCCAAUCCGAUCCAAUUACGAAUCAAAUUUAUCAAUCCGAUACGAUAUGAAUAUUUUGGUUCCGAAAUCCGAACGAAUCCGAUCGGAUCGGAUUCGGAUCGGUUUCGGAUCGGAUUUGCACACCUCUAGUAGGUGAGUAGGUCCUACAAGUAAAGUUAUAUUUAGUACGCUACAUUCUUCAAGACUGUCAGCCGCCAGUUGGUCCGCACAAAAUAGAAUAUUUUGGGGCUUUUGGGCUCAAAAUACUAUCAAAAUGAAGAGAGAAGUAAGACGAAUCCACUGGUAUACAGCCGAAAAAGAAAAAAACAAUGAUACCAAAGGAUCAAACAUACUGCAUUUUUUUAUAAUUAGUUUAAUAAUAUUGAGCGAUUUGUCAACAAUACAAUUUCGCUUGGCUUUCAAACACAAAGGCCAUAAAUCGCUAGAAUACUGUUGUUUAGUGAUACAUUUGACAUCCAUAAUUAGUACACGCUAACGCUGAAUCGAACGGUGGUAUUUUUAUCCUUAUUGCGCCAUUAGGCAUUGCAAAUACACUAUGAAUCCUCUGCUAUGAAUCGUACUGCGAGUGAUUUAUCAACAAUACGUACUGCGAACGAUUUGUCAACAAUACAAUUUCGCUUGAUUUUCAAAGGCCAUAAAUCGCUAGAAUAUUGAUGUUUAGUAAUACACUUGACAUCCGUAAAUACAAUUUCUUACGCUGAAUCGAACGGUGUCGCUUUCUUCUCAAAAUAUAUUAUAGCAGCGCAGCCAAACGUAAUUAGGUAACUUGCGAGUUGCGAUUUGCGAAGGUUGCUGUUUCCAUGUCAAUUUUGGUAAAAUUCCUUGCAAAAUUGUUCAAUUUUUUUAAAUUUUCCCGAAUUUUCCUCAAAACGCAAGGUUGUUUUAAUAUGGAUAAUAUGGGGAAAAAUUAGCAGGAGUCUUAUGGACAAUUUGGGUAAAGAUUGGCAGCUCAUUAAUAUUCUAUUUUGUGGCUAUCGACGACGAUUGGAGAUCCACUAAUUAAACCAUAACUAGGAAAUACAUGCAUGCAGAAACCCUCGCCUUGCUGACAAAACCAUUGCAUUUUCCGAACAUGAAGUAUCCAAAGUAGUUGUCAUGGUAACACGAUAAUUUUUUAAGAAUAUUCUUACAAACGAAAAAUCGCCUGAAAAUAUCACUUUUAAUUACAAAGUUAUCAAUUUCCCAACAUAUAUAUGCUAGGUAUGUUAUUAUACGUAAUAUAAGCUUCAAUUUAAGGUAAAAUUCAACCACAAACGCAUCGCAAAACGUUUUAAAGUGUUCUUUAUAAAGCCAAACUGCCUUUCAUUAAAUGGCUUUAUCGAUAAACUUUGAGUUUGCAAUAAAAUGAUUUCAAAUUCUCGCAUGCAAAUAACUUUGCUUUCUUUUUAUUUAUUUAAAAAAUUCGAUAUAAUAAAAAAGGGAAUCAAUAUUAAAGUUACACUGAAAUUUAUAAUUAUAUGCUGUCUUGUUUAGUUGUUUCAUAUACGCAAAGGCCGUCGGGUUUUAAAGCCAUUAUAAAAUCAAUAUUUAAAACAAACUUACCUUCGUUAACGUCGGCUCCCUUCUUUUAGCUGAUUCUUUCACCCUUUCUUUCUUGAAAUUUACAAAAUCUUGCAGAAAUACGAGCAAAAAUGAAGAAUAUUUGCAAGAAAUUUAUCAAUCAUCAACUCAUCAAAUCAAGAAAUGUUUGCUAUUUCGCUGUCGUCAUACAGCCGUUAUAAUGCAAACUUUAAAUUGGACCAAUCAGUGUCCGUUAUUCAUGACAGUCCGCCAUAUUUUGAGAUCAGUGAGGAUGACCACCCAUCGUUGGUGACCGACGCCCGCGCUCAUUGAUGAACUUUAGACUUCGCUAAUGCUUUCGUUUCCCCGGGUGUAAAUAGCCGGGGGGAAUUAGUACCCUCGCACGGCGCUUCGCGCCGCCGGCUCGGGGAUUAAUUCCGAGUAAUUAAACCAUACCCUUCUGACGGCGGUGAGUGAUGAAUGUCGUGAUGGCAAUAUGUAAGUCAUACUUAGAAGUUAUGACUAGCUGUUGUUAAAGCCGUUUAAAAUUGCAAAUAAAAUCAACAUUUAUGUUGUUACCAUUGUCAUAGUAAAAACUGCAUGUGUAGUAUAUUAACCGCAAGCGUAUGUAUAUUAACUUAAUUCCACUUGCAAAUAUACAUGUUUGAAUUGAUAAUUUGGUUUGAAUGAUCGGACUGAAAGAACAUUUAAUUGACUUAUUUACUAUGACUUAUAGCAUUGGGUUUUUGAAAGGAAAAAUUACUACCUAAACUGUUUAAGUUCAACUCUUUUAAAUGAUGGCAAAAAGCGAGCUCACCACUUGUGGUCGUUAUCUGUUUAGUUAAUCUCUUUUAAUCUCGUGAGAAAUGUCGGUGCGAAUGUUGUGAUGAAUGUCGUGACUCGUGAUCAAUGUCGUGACAGCUUCACUACAGUCAGGCAUUAACCUUUUCAUGUUUACAUCUCACUUAACGGGUAAUAUCUUAAUAAAAGGUGAUGGGGUUUUUCUGGAAUCCUGAGAAAUUUCUCCGAAUCAUAAAACUUGGUCACAAUUAAGGAGCAGUUGCAAACUGAAAAGUCCUCUAUGUGUAUAAGUCUACCAUAUUCACUAACAUUCAGGUCAUAUAAGGCCCUCUGUAUAUAAGCCCCACCAUUUGCAAGCCCACAGGCUACAGUAUAUAUUAUUGGACAGGUAUAUUUAUUAAUGCAGUAAUCGUAACAGGGAUUACAACAGCUCAGAUGAGUGACAAUAAUUACACCAACUUGUUUUAUGUAUUGACUAUAUACUGUAUGUUUAUAUCUCUUUUCGUUCACACUAUAGUUUACAAGUACGAUAAAUGUUAUCUCUAACAUCAAAUGUCGUCCAUAUGUAAGCCUCCCCCCGUAUAUAUAGCCUAUAAGCCCUCCCAUACUUACGAACGAAUAUAAGCACAGGGCUUAUAUUCAUACUGUAGGUGUACUGUAGAACCCUGAAUUACCUGACGUGUGAAUUAAUUAUUAUUCACACGUCAGGUAAGCCAAUAGCAUAACAGUUCAGGGUUCUACGGAACACCAAAAACAAAAAGUCCUGUGCUUAUAUUUGUUCAUAAGCAUGAUGGGAGGGCUUAUAUAUAUAAACAUGGGAGGGCUUGGCAAUUAAAUUUAUUUUAUUAGACUACUAUUUGUAGGUGUACUUGGUUUUUGAGAAGAGAACAAUUCCAAUCUCAUGACUCAUGAGUAUAUAUGUUCUCAUAUAUAUUUUCCAUCAAGGGUCGGUUGUUCAAAAUCCGAUUAGCUUAACCCUAGGUUAACGUCAAAUUCAAAGCAUACUGCAUGCGGAGCAGCUUGUUUAUAAAAUAGAAAAUUUUUUUCAGAAAUCUUGUCUGGAUUAUCAGAAGUCUAAUUUUCCAAAUUUUUGAAAGAAACAGACGUACAAAUAUACAUAAACCAGAGCAAUGUGUUAAAUUUAACGCACGGUUAGCACUAGUCGUGCUUUGGACAACCGGUCCCAGACAUAGAACUAAAUGCUUCUUUGAAUUAAAGUGCCUAUGACACGAAAUUUCACACCAAAGGUUAAUGGUUGCAUUGUAAAGAUCACUUAAAAUGACUUAAAGUGCUUAUGUCACAAAAAAAUUGAUAUUUGGUAGAGGACAAAAAGUUAGUUAAUAGGUUCUUUAACAUUUUUCGGUUUUCUCUUUUCAUUCGCGAGUUACGAGGCUCUAAACAGCGAUUUGCGUAAAAUUGUCGCGUAUCAACAAGAGUCUGGAAUGAGCGUGGUGUGACGUAGCUUAAGGGACUUAAUUUCGACGCGCAUUAUACAUUUGAUAUAUUUUCCAGCAUGUCAGGCAGUAGCUCGGAUUCGGAAAGCACUCAUAGUUCUCAAUGUGACUCAGAAUACAAUUAUAUUCCUGGAUAUAUUAUAGAGGAUGAAUCAAAUGAUACUAGUCACGAAAUUGGAACUCUAGAAGCAGUUGAUAGCGAAAUUUUAGGCGAUUAUGAUGCAUGCCUUUAUGCCGAUGAACCGCUAGCCGGCGAAGAAUGGUACGCACGAUAUCUAAAAAUUCAGCAGAACACAAGCAACAAAACGAGAUGCUACAGCGAAGAUUAGAUGGCCUUGAAGAUAUUAAAUUAUGGUGAGUGUAAACAUAGAUUUAUUUUAACAUUUUAACGUAAAAUAAGUAUCUCUGGCUAAUAUAUUUUGCGGGAUACGGGCUCAUAUGGCAUCAGUCACAACAAAGAGUUAAAACCACACUUCCCUCACCUUCGCAAGAAAAUACAAGACACGAGAUCAAAGAAAAUAUAAACAGACUGGUUCAGAGCAAAUUACGUAUAUAUUCUUGUUUGAAGCAACAGUGUUUAUCUGUGAUCACGUUUAUUUAAUACGAACGAUUGAACGAUUGUAUUAUCUCGCACGUUUUGACUUAGAGCCCAUUUUUCCAAACAAAUAGGUCGGCUGUGGCACAUCUUCAAAAACCAAGUUUACCUUCAGAACUUCCCUACAAGAUUCCAUCUCCUGACAGCACUAAGCUUCGUGUGCAUAUUGUAUAUGUAUUAUCACACAAUCGCCGCAUUUACACUUGUGAAAUAUGAUACAGGUGAGUGUGGUUUGAUGUGACUGAUGCCGUAUCAAAAAUAUAUCAGCCAGAGAUACUUAUUUUACGAUAAAAUGUUAAAUAAAUCUAUGUUUACGCUCACCAUGAUUUAAUAUCUUCAAGGCCGUCUAAUCUUCGUUCUAGCAUCUCGUUUUGUUCCUUGUGUUCCGCAUAGUUUUAGAUAUCGCGCGUAGCAUUCUUGGCUCUAGCGGCUCAUCGCAGUCAUCGGCAUAAAGGCAAUAUGCAUCAUAAUCGCCUAAAAUUUCGCUAUCAACUGCUUGUAGAGUUCCAAUUUCGUGACUAGUAUCAUUUGAAUCAUCCUGUAUAAUAUACCCAGGAAUAUAAUUGUAUUCUGAGUCACAUUGAGAACCAUGAGUGCUGAAAAACAUAUGUCUUCCCAAUAGCCUUUUAGUACUCCUUCACAUGUGAAUUCGAACUUCCGUCCCUUAAGCUACAUCACACGGCUCUCGUCCCAGUCCAUUUUCCAUUUUUUUCACGGGCGCGACAAUUUUUCGCUAAAAGCCAAUUUUUCAAGGUUUAGAGCCUCAUACCUCCUAGUUUGUGUAAAAUAAAGAAAUGUAAAAGAGAGAAAAAUACACAACCAGCGAACCGUUUCAGUAGGUUCUUUUAAUUUUAAACUUGUUUGCACUAUAGUGUUUUUGUGAUAAAAUACAAUUAUUGUUCCAUGAAUUUUGUUUGAGUUUUCAUCUGUCGCUGUAUAACAAAACACUGUUCCCUCGGCAACUAAAAAUCGAAGAAUCUGAGGAAAUAUUGGUACGGGGGGGGAGGUGGAAUUUGGUUGGCAACAAAUGACCACUUUUAUAUCCGGGAAUCUUGACGGAAUAUGUGCUUUCAUGGUUGAAACAUUUUUGUUAGCUUUUUUGUCAUUCAGCUACCAUUGAAGGACUUUCAAAAAUUAUUUGGGGCGAUUUCCGCACAUCCCCCUAAACUAAAAAGUGAACCUGAUUAACAUAAUAUACAAUACAAUUAUAUGCAACUACUGUAACAGUAUGCAAGUCCAUUAACAGAUGUGCCUUGAGUUUCUGCUAAGGGCUUCGGGGACUGGGUAAGGGAACUGGGUGAGGGCGAGUCCCCCACUCUUCUUUAGGACUACCUUUGAGAGAUGUUUAAAUCUGUUUAGAAAUGGGGUGAGGGGGGGGGGGGAGACGUGUGCCCAAUGUAAUGCGAUAUCAAUAUUAGCGAACUUAAUUAAGCAAGGCUUAAUCUAAUACAGGGACGUGACAAGAAACAGCCUUAAGUUUUAUGCAAAACUAUCGGUAUCACGAACCUCAACAAGCAGGACAAAAGUGUAACUUGGACGACUAGUAAUAUCGUAUUAAUUAAUGCAAGAAAUUGAGCAGAAAUUUGCAGUUAAAAUUCCACGGAAGUUUUGGACGUCGCCGUCGCUCUGUUUACAACGGCAAAAUACUGAUUAUCAUGCAGGUCACACUGGGAGAAAGGCUACUUUCAAAUGGGUUCUAGAACUUUUCUCAAUUAUUAACCCUGUGUUAACGUUGAUCAUACGAUGGAUAAUGGAAGACAGGUUUGCUUCUGCAAUCAUUUGGUUCUACCAGUUUGUUUGCCGUCACCGUCGCGUUCCCGUCCAACAUGCUUAAGGUCGCUAACGUCCAGCUUAUACGGGAAAUUUGGCGCGAUAAACUGGAAGAACAUUUUUUGUGUUGCGUAAGCAAGCAAGUACAUUAUUAUUUCUACAAGUGCCUUGCUUAUUAUUUUUACAUUUUUAUUUAGCUACUGUUGCAAAUUGUAUGGUAUUUAUAGACUGUGACUCUGAGAGGCCUCAGGUUUUCAAAAUUUCCCAUGGGAGCAUGCCCGCGGACCCCUACUAACGUUCGCAGCGCCCACUUAACAGUAUCUUGAUUACGUCCUACAUUAUCCCCCCCCCACUUCUGUAUCGCGGCCUACGGGACUUAAUGUGUCUUUUAACACGAUCCAGCCACGAUCUAGCGAUCCUAAUGUUAUAUUUCAUUGUCCUCCAUAACGGCCAGUCAUGCACUCGUUCCGCAUUUGACAUUUUUGUGACACUAUGAAGAGGGCCUAUUUAUUCAUUUCAUGAUUGGAUGUGUUUAAUAUCACUAUAUGCAGGUACAAAAGUGACGUGUCAAGAAGGCGGAUGUGGCGCGUGUGUUGUCGCAUUGACAAAACAAGAUCUGAGUACAAAGAAGGACAAAAUCAUUGCUGUUAAUAGUGUAAGAUUUAGUUUUCAUUUUACUAAGUAACUUUAUUAUUUAUAUAAUUCUAUAACCAGGUUGGAAAAUUGGAAAGACUAUUUUAUUUUCAGGGCAGUAUCUAGAAGAAAUAUCGAAGUUCUGAUCCCAAAAUAUUGAGUGGUCGUUCUUGAGCGCGCCUCCCACUCACUCGCGGCCCGCACGUGAAAUCGAACCAUUUUAUAUUCAACAAUCCCUCGCCCACAUUUCCCCAACAUUGUUCGAACGUGAAAUAUUCAAAUUACGCCAAAAUGGAACGCAGGCUCGCGUUGCUCGCGUCAUGAUAGCCAUGGCAACUGUUUUCGACAAUUGCUUUCUUAAUUGUUUGUCCUAAACGGUAAAAAUAAAUUAAUGUUUUACACUUUUAACCACAGAACUAUCGAUUUCUAACAUAUAUAAAGUAGGUAUGUUAUUUCGCUUUCUAUGGGCUUUAUUAUAAUUUAAAAUUCAACACGAAACGCUUCGUAAAAUGUUUUUAAAUGUACAUUGAAAUUAACUGCUUUUUGCCGAUAAACUCUUCAACUUAUUAUUAAUACUCGUAUUUUGAAACGAAUUAAAUUUUAUGUCAUACAUGCAGGUCGCACUUGAAAAUAAUUUUCUCCCUUUUUGAGCUUUUAUAAAGAUAUUAAAACAAGCUAAUUCAAAGAAACAUUCACAUAGAAUGAAAAGGAAAGCUGUACAUGUUUAAGGCCUUCAGGCGAAAUCUGGACUGCACAGUCAUACAUAAACAAUAAAAAUAAACUUACCCUAUACUUCAGGAUUUCACAUACUUAUAUAAUUUCUUUAAAAUAUGGAAAAGGUGAUUUAGAACUUAAUGUGUGAAAAGAUGUCCAAGCUUUCUAUCACGCAUGUUUUUUUUAAUCUUUGCCUCCUUCACUCCUGGAAAACUGCUAUAUUGUUGAGAUGAGUGAGAUGACGACCCGUGCAUAGCCAUACGCCCGCGAUCAUUGAUGAACUUUGGACUUCGCCAAUGCUUUCCUUUCCCCAGGUAUAAAUAGCCGUGCGGAAUUAGUACCCUCGCCACGGACUUCGCCCUACGCGCUCCGCGCGUGGCUCGCGGAUUAAAGAUAGAGGUUGUUUAAUGUUUUGAAAAUCCAAAACUGCAAAAUAUUCUUGUGACUAGAAAACGUUAUUUUCUCGACCAAUCUUACACCAUGCAUGGCAUUUCAUGUACAAUUGGUGUUUUGCCGGAGAAGCCGUGUUAUGACCUCAGAAUGUCUAGUAAAAUUGAUUUAUGAAAGUCAAUUGUUUUGCUCAUUGGCAUAUAUUACUUUUUUUUCUUAUGAAUUUGGGCGCCGAUAUGUUUUCCCCGAACUGAAAUGACUCUAGAAACUGCCCGGACUUCCUGGGUGCAGAAGGUCAAAAAGGGAAUAUGAAAUAUUUUUUUGUUAAUUAUCAACAGUCUGUGGCAAUUUCCUCUCUCACGCGGCAGGACAAUUGUGCGUGGUGGGACUAUAUCACGGAAUAGAGACCAUACAUAAAGGCAAAAGCUGCCACGACAUUAUUGUUCCAGAAAUGGAAUAGAGAGGUCAACAGGCACAGCACGCCGAUGCUCGCCAAACGUCCCCCUCAAAAAUCUUCCAGUAUCCCCAAUAUAAAGCAUGCCACAUCUAUAUACAUGAGAUGUAGUAGAUAAAGAAGGAGGAGGUGAAUUGGUGCUCGACAUGGUACUGAGAUUUUGGUGCUGUAAUCUCUGACACACACCGUUCGAGAUUAGUUCCCUGCUGCGCUUUUGGCUACAAUAGCUAGACAGCUGCGAAUUACAGCUAUCUGCAAAUAUAAGCAACUAGCUGUUUCGUCGGGUUCUCCCUUUUUUCCAGUUCAUCAAACGCUAUUUCGUACGUAAUCUUAAAAUAUUUUCUUUUACAGUGUCUCUACCCGUUAUUUGCUGCUGAUGGAUUUAAGAUUACAACGACCGAAGGAUUGGGCAGGUAAGGCCUUAUUAAUAAGAGAGUAGGUGCUAUGUUUGAGUGAAAAUGAAAGUGCGCGAGUGAAAAAGCGCAAAUUUUGGUGGAAAUACUUGAGCAAGGUGGAAAAUAAUUGAAGUUUCUGCAACGAUUGAGGAAAAUAUCAAAUGAUUGUAUGUCAGCCAGUCAAUGAAAAUCGCUUGACUUGAUAAGUGGACUGGCUAGUGCAGACAAACUAUAUUUGGGCGGUUAAUUCAGUGGACUAAUAAUAAAAUACCUCCAAAUUUACUCACGUAUGGCGAAAUCAGUUAUUUUUAAAACGUCGUAAAUUGGCGUUGCUUAUAUAUAGGGUCACAGAAUAAUUAUACAGUCACAGAAUAAUUACAAACCCACACACUUUUCAAACGCAUGUUGGGAUCUUUAGGCAUUGAGAACAUAAUAUUUUUCAAGUUUUUCUGUGUUAGUGUUAUGUACUCAGGUGAAUAUGAUGUUUGUGAUGUUACUCUGAGUGUGUAUCCACACCGGAUAAGCUUGAAAAAUAUGCUUGGCCCACGGUGGGAAUCGAACCUACGACCUUUGGAAUACUAGGCCCAAUGUUCUGCCAACUGAGCUACGCGGUCAGGACGGUUCUAGUUUGUGACAUUUCGGAACUGAGUCUAGUUUCUUCGAUAUAAAUGUAAUCUAGUAAUCAUUGCAUUGAUAUCGCAGAAACUAAACUCAGUCCCGAAAUAUCACAUACUCGAACCGUUCUGACUACGUAGCUCAGUCGGCAGAGCAUUGGGCUAAUAUUCCAAAUGUCGUAGGCUCGAUUCCCACCGUGCCCAGGCAUAUUAUUCAAGCUUUCCCAGUGUGGAUACACACUCAGAGUAACAUCACAAACAUCAUAAUAUUGUUCUUUAUCAACCAGACCACGCUUCGCAGUAGUCAAACUAUUAAACUCGUGUCUAAAAUUAAGUGCGAUAAUAAUGGAUUUAGCCUCGAUUUGAAAAACUAUGGCUUUGCACUUGUUUUACCGGACGAGGAAAUCAUUGCACGCCAGUGUCACUUCUCUCAUCAAAUACGUGAGAAAAAUUUCACUUGUAUCCCUAGCGUUACUUUUGAAAGCAUUUUGAUUAAUCGUGCUUUUUCAUACAUUCUGCAGUAGUCGUUCUGGAUAUCAUCCUAUUCAAGAACGCAUUGCAGAAUACAAUGGCAGUCAAUGUGGAUAUUGUACGCCGGGAAUGGUGAUGAACAUGUACAGGUAAGAAGUAUAGUGUUGCAAUCAAGUUUCUACCUCCUCCGCAAGCGUUUCUGUGGGGAGGGAACACGCGGGCGAAAAAAACGAUUGGCGGGCGGACGUAACGAAACGCCUGCGAAGAACCUUAUUCAGCAAACUGUAUUCCUUCGAAACUUGAAUUGGUAGACUUGACGUACAAGGCUUAAACAAAUUCAGUCCUAAGUGCUUGACAGUCCUGAAAAGUCAAAAUCCUUUGAAAUUGUGUGGAAGUCCCGUAUUUUAUACCACUUUCACAGUACGCCGGAACGAUACGGUAUGACAACGGCGAGGAAAAGUCGCAAUUAGCUGUGCGUUGAUAAUACGCCGGAGAGAAAUUGUUUGAAAACGUCACUUUUGCCGUAACAAUUUGAGCACGGUUUCUAAAUGGAGCGAAAUGAAAAUUGAGCGAGCGCUUCACGGCUUCGUUUGAACAACGGCACCGUCUUUAUCUUUUCCCACUUUUAUUAGCAUUAUGAUUUCAUUUGACCUAAUCCCCGAGCCGGCGGCGGGAAGCGUUGUGCGAGGGUACUAAUUCCCCCCGGCUAUUUACACCCGGGGAAACGAAAGCAUUAGCGAAGUCUAAAGUUCAUCAAUGAGCGCGGGCGUCGGUCACCAACGAUGGGUGGUCGUCCUCACUGAUCUCAAAAAUAUGGCGGAUUGUCAUGAAUAACGGACACUGAUUGGUCCAAUUUAAAGUUUGCAUUAUAACGACUGCAUGACGACAGCGAAAUAGCAAACAUUUCUUGAUUUGAUGAUUGAUAAAUUUCUUGCAAAUAUAUUUCACUUUUGCUCGUAUUGCUGCAAGAUUUUGUAAAUUUCAAGAAAGAAAGGGCGAAAGAAUCAGCUAAAAGAAGGGAGCCGACGUUAACGAAGGUAAAUUUGUUUUAAAUAUUGAUUUUAUAAUGGCUUUAAAACCAGACGGCCUUUGCGUAUAUGGAACAACUAAACAAGACAGCAUAUAUAAAUUUCAGUGUAACUUUAAUAUUGAUUCCCUUUUUUAUUAUAUUGAAUUUUUUAAAUAAAAAAUAAAGCAAAGACCAAAAUUAUUUGCAAGCGAGAAUUUGAAAUCAUUUUAUUGCAAACACAAAGUUUAUCGAUAAAGCCAUUUAAUAGUUAAAGGCAGUUUAGUUUUAUAAAGAACACUUUAAAACGUUUUGUGAAUUGUUUGUGGUUGAAUUUUACCUUAAAUUGAAGCUUGUAUUACGUAGAAUUACAUACCUAACAUAUAAGUCCAACUUUUGUGCUUAAUAACUUUUGGACUGCUACUUCUAAUAAAACGGUUUUAGGCUUAUUUUAAAGCCUGUUCAUUUAUAUUUCGACCAAAUGGUCAUCCGUGUCUUUAGUGCAAGUAAUAAAUGCACAGGAGAGAAUUUAGUAAAACCUAUCAUGUUUAGAUGCCGCUUAAUUAUACAAAUUUACUGUGUUAUUCCAUAGUCGGUUGCAAUGUUUGAAUUUUUUUGUUUAAACUUUAAUGUUCUUGUUGCCACAUCGGAAAAACUAGUAAGAACUUGUUAAAAACAUUCUAAAAGAGAUUAGGUUGUUUUAUUUAUUUCAAAAUCCUAUAUUAUUUCCAGAAAUCAUCAAAACAACCUUACGUCCAUGCAUCGUCCGAACGAGCACCAUCGAAUCGGGCCGUAAUAUAAAUUAGUCUAGGACCUGUAUAUGAGUUUGUAUGCGUUUCAUUUAGCACAGGUAAUCUCAACUGUUUUAGGGUAAAAUGACCAUGGCGGUCAACAUGGCAUAUGUGCCAAAAGCUGAAUCCGGGACGAAAGUCCUGAAAAUGACCCCGCCCUGAAACGGCAGUGUCGACAUAGCUCUAACUUCAGAAAACAAAAAGCGAUAGUCUUUCUGAAGUGCUUAUAGUGUUUAGAAGGGUUGCUUUUAGGGGUGGUCAUUGGAAGAAAAAUUUGUCCAAGUAUAAUAUUUUACAAGAAAAUGACCAUGCACCACCCCAGGUAAAUUGCUGAUUAUGCAUAAAAUAACUAAUAUGCCAGGCAGAAAUUAAAUAUUCUUAUUUCCUAAAAAAAAUUAUCAUGGGGUUAAAAGCUAUGCUUAAUUUAAUAUAAAUAUUGUUGAUUUCAUAAGGAUUGUCAUUGUUUUCUUUAAAUAUAAUAAAUUUUAUUUCACUUACCCCCCACGAAAACGCGAUUUCAGCCAUAUUUUGCCGUCUUGUUUGCUUUUUAUCGCCGAAUCACGCAAAUAUCAUCCAGUUAUUGUACUUUUACAUAAUCAUAAAUGGCUGAAGAAGAUUUCAAAGAAGGUUUCAUCCACUUUUGAAACAGUGCAGUGUAUUUUAUCUUCGAUAAUGUGUCCUUCGAUAUCUCGUCAAAUUGCCGCCAUUUUAAUGGCUCGCCGCUUCUCUGCCCGAUAAAUGCCACUUCUUCGUUUUCAUAUGUAUUUAGAUUACAUUAUCCAAGAGUACUUCAUUGUAGAAUAGUCCCAAUCCAAAAAUUGGAAAUAUUAUUUGUACUUGGGAGGAAAAAACCUCCCAGUACAAUUGUCCUGUUAGAAUUCAAAAGAAAUAAUUUAAAAGUCACGCGCAAGUUCGCGAAAACACCUCGUGGGUUACAUAACAGGGGGGUGAAUAUUUUCACGAAACGUUUGUUCGCCACCACAGCAACCUAACUAAAUGUAUUAUAUUUUUUGUAUUUUUAUAAUUGAUGAUAAAUAUACGCAAAUAUUUAUUGUUUUUAUCAAAAAUCACAAAUAUACAAUAAAUAUAAUGUACCUAACUUAGGUUGCUGUGGCCUGUGGUGGCGAACAAACGUUUCGUGAAAAUAUUCACCCCCCUGUUAUGUAACCCACGAGGUAUUUUCGCGAACUUGCGCGUGACUUUUACCGCCAUGGUCAUUUUACCCUAAAACAGUUGAGAUUACCUGUGCUAAAUGAAACGCAUACAAACUCAUAUACAGGUCCUAGACUAAAUAUAAAUUAGCAAGUUGACAGCGAGCUAAAACACGCUUCAGCCGGUAUUAUAACGCAUUUGAAGUCAGCAAGUGAAUUUAAAAUAGUGUGUUGGAAGCCAUUAUUACUUGAUUUUUACAAGCAAUUGCCAAAAUGCCUCAAUUUGCUCGUUUUGUUGACAAAAUAAGUUAUUUUCAUCAAGUACCGGUUUGUUAUUGCAUCUCAAAUUUUUGACUCUCCAAUCGCAAUCACUUAAAAUAUUAUUAUUCACGAACUUCUGGAUUAUAGUUACGAAACAACCCACCGUUGAAAAGCUGAAUGUCUACGCUUUAAAAUAAAUGCAAACCUGAACGUUUUGCUUUAAUAUUCGUUUCGAAAUUUAUGUUUGAAGCGAGGACUCCGUUUUUUAUGAUACACCCUGUAUAUGUUGGGAAAUUGAUAGUUUUGUAAUUAAAAGUGAUAUUUUUAGGCGAUUUUCAUUUGUAAGAAUAUUCUUAAAAAAUCAUCGUGUUACCAUGACAACUACGCUAGAUACUUCCUGUUCGGAAAAUACAACGGUUUUGUCAGCAAGGCGAGGGUUUCUGCAUGCAUGUAUUUUCUAGUAGACCAUAUUAUUCUUUGCCAGAAACUGCAGUCAAUUGAUCUUAAACCAUCUGUGUUUAAUUGGAUAGUGGAUUUCGUACGUGGACGACUGCAAAGAGUAAAACCCAUUUUCAGCUAGGUGAAUUUGUGCGCGCGAACAGUAAGGUGGGAACUGAUCCAACUUUUUUCGCUGACCAAUCGCUUUGCCCAGAUUUGUUUUCUGAAGAAGAGAUUUCUGAAUAUAUAUUUAAUGAAAAGUUCCUUACAAGAUAUUGCUAAUUCUAUUGUGAGAUGGUCUCCUGAUAAUAAAUUCCAACUCAACCAGAUAAAAUGCAAUAAACAGAUAAACAGAACUAACGUAUAGAGCUUGUUGAAGAAGCAACGAUUCUUGGCUUAUUGAUCACCCAGUACCUGAAGUUGAACGUCCAUGUAGAUAAGACAACGACUAAAAGUAGCGAAGCGAUUGUAUCUGCUCAAACGACUUAAGAGAUCGGGUCUUAGUGACGAUGGUUUAAAAUGUUUCUACAUCGCCUCUAAAAGCUCUAUUCUCGAAUACGCAUGUAAGGUAUAUCAUUAUUACGGUCUCCCGGAAUAUAUUUCAGACCAAAUAGAGCGGAUUCAUACAGGAGCUAGCAUUGCGCAUCAUAUGCUCUGAUGCCAUUUAUCAUAUUCAGAAGUCACUGAAGAAUUAGACAUAGAAACCUUGAGGACAAGAAGGAAAUGAUUAUAUAUAUUGAAGUUUUCAAAUCCAUAGUAAAUGAGAAAAGGACAUGUAUUUUAAAUAAUUAUUGUAAAAAUCGUGUAACUGAGCUUCCGGCCUGCGGGACGAUUUGAUUCUUAUACUAAACGGUAUAAUAGCAUAUUUUUAUUAUCUUUAUUAUUUUUUGUUCAACUUCUAAAGUUUUUCACUAGUUGAGCUCGUUUUAGGUCUAACAGCUUAGUGUGAACAUACGUAAAACUUGGCGUCAUUAUUUCGCUUCGACGCAGCGUGUUCAAGUGCGUCUGGCAUGCAUGCAUGCAGUCCUACAACGAUGAACACGACACGAGUUCUUAAUAAAACCUGUGCCAGUCUAGAUAGGGCCAACAAUAAGAAAGCGUCGGAUUGAUAGAGAUGCAACUACGUGGAAAAUACAAGGUGAUCUUCGACAUUUCGAGCAAACGACCUUCGUCGGAAAAAAUUAGUAGCUGACGUAGGGCCUUCGAAGACCUUACUAACCGUAUUUUUCAGGUAUAGUUGUAUCCCCCCUAUCAAUCCGAAAUGUUCUUAAUAAAAUAGAAAACAAAAAUUAGUAAUAUCAUUUCAUAACCUGACGUUUUGGCUGAAGCAAAAUAUCAAUGAAUUGCUCACAUUGCUCUUGUAAUUGUGGUGAUUGCAUGCAGCUUCUUUCCCUUUUUUUUUAGUUUGCUUUCUGAAAACGCCCAACCUACUAAGCAAGAAAUUGAAGAUGGUUUUGACGGCAACCUGUGUCGUUGUACUGGUACGGUAUGACGGGGUUUAAGACAUUGUUGAAGGGAUUUGUAGAUGGAAAUUUCAAGCGAAAUAUUUACACAUUUAUUAGACCUAACUAGAAGCAGUUGCGAAGAAUGCAACUAUAGGCCGUCUGGCAGGAGUAGAGCUUGCAGCUCUGCGAUUACGGUGCAGCGCUUUAACCAACUGAGCUACAGAGAGACAGUUGUCAUGCUCUGACACUUGACGUUUUACCCUCGACUUCCCACCCUCGACAAAAACCUAAACUCUUGUGCAACAUUUAAUUAUCAUAGUUAUGAAAUACUGAAUUGCUAAAAUAGCUAUUGUAUGUUUAGGUUUCCGUCCUAUUCUUGAUGCGAUGAAAUCAUUUGCAAAAGAUGAGAAUCCUAUUGAUAUCGAGGUAUAUGGUAACAUAAUUAUAUGAACAUAUAACGCCUCAUUAACUUCUGGUCAUACGUAAUUGGCUGAUUAUGAUUACCUGAUAUGGAAUUAAAAUUCCCAUUUUGGAACUAAAAUUCCGAAAUUCCCAGUACAAGUACUAUUGCGCCGUAGGGUUUAAUUUAAUGAAUGAAUGAAUGAAUGUAUUCAACCAAAAUCUCAUUCAUACCGUAAUCGUAGCUCGUAUAACUAUAAUUUCAUAAUGAGACCGAUGGAAUUCAAUUCAGAUAAUUAUAUAACUUGUGCCAGGCAAAAUGACGGGUGUAAAAAUUCAAUAUUGUAUGAUUAUUUUGCGAUAAAAUUUACGAUAUAUGACCGCCAUUAUCAUACUAAUUUGUUACUAAAAUAUAUGUUGGCACUUUUCAAAAUUAUUUUUGAACUAGGGUAUGUAUUUGUUUUGUGUUUAAUUCACAUCUAUUUUCAGUAUUUUGGUGUAAUAUAAAACAGAUUAUGAAUUUUUUCAUUCGUGUAAUAUAGUAAAAAUUUUUUCAUUAGGUGACUUUCAUCCCAUUGGAAAUAUUUUUACCAUUGCACUCAUAAACAUUCGUUAUUCCUUGAGCCAACGGCGCGCGCCGUUCCGGGCGUAAGCCCGGGGAGAAGGUACUAAUUCCGCCAGGCUAUUUACACCCGGGGAAACGAAAGCAUUAGCGAAGUCUAAAGUUCAUCAAUGAUCGCGGGCGUGACCAACGAUGUUGAGUGAGUGGUCAUCCUAACUGAUCUCAAAAUAUGUGGCGGACAGUCAUAAAUAGCGAAAACUGAUUGGUCAAAUUUGAAAUUUGUUGUUGUAUGAGAAAUGACGACAGCGAAGUAACAAACAUUUCUUGCAAAUCAGCAAAUAUAUUGUAUUUUGCAAGAUUUAUCAAAUUUCAAAACCUUUUUGAGAGAAAAAAAAGUCUUAAAGAAUGGAGCAAAGUCGCCGACGUUAACUUAAGUUUGUUUUUAGUAUUGAUGUAUUGUAAUGUUUACCGAUAUAAGGCAGUUUAGUUUUAAGAAUAUUUUAAAACGUUUUGCGAAGCGUUUGUGGUUGAAUUUUACAUUAAUUAAAUUGAAGCUUAUAUUACGUAUAAUAACAUACCUAGCAUAUAUAUGUUUGGGAAAAAAACAUACCUAGCAUAUAUAUGUUUGGGAAAUUGAUCAUUUUGUAAUUAAAAGUGAUAUUUUGGGGGGAUUUUUCAAUUUCAAAACUAUUCUUAAAAUUAUCGUGUUACCAUGACCAUACUUCAUGUUUGGAAUUCAGCAUGGCGGGGGUUUCUGCAUGCAUGUAUUUUCUAGUUGUAUUCCAUACUCUGAUUCUUUUACUGCAUGGUUCACAUGUAAGAAAGGAACCCAUGUUUGGUUGAGUGGUUCCUGACCAACUUAUGUGUGCUGAUCGUCUUUCCAUGAGGCUGUAUGCUUGCGAAGGACUCCUAUAUAUGCGAACUCUGGCUGCUACCGGCUGCUACGUAAUAUUCCAAAUCCGACUAUGAGGACCGGACUAGAUUUCAAGGUCCGCGCAAUUUGAUCAACUCCGAGGCGAAACAACUGGAUUAAAAUGUGAACACUUGAAAUCUAGUCCAGUCCGAAUUGGAGGAUUUGGAAUGACAUUUAAUACGACGAUUGUGAAUUAAUUUUGAUCCAAUCCCAGGACUGGAUCAAUAUAUUUCACUAGGUAUCCAGUAUUAUAAUAUAGUCAUUCACCGUAUAUGAGCUGUUCUGCAAUCUGAUUGGUUGAAUUACUCGCCGUAUAUCAGCUCAUAUACGGCGAGUAGCGAAAAACAAGAUGGCGGUCGGAAAGCUACACGAGUUUUGCGAAGCAGAAAAAAGGAAAAUAUUCGCUUUGAGAAAGAUAAUAGUACAAGGAAAAACUCGCAAAAAAAUUUGACAGGUUUGCAAAAUAGAUUUUGUUACAUACAAAUUAGUUUAAAUACAAGUUUUUUAAAGAAUUAAUACCGAAACAACAGCAAGAAAAACAUGUUCAUUGAGAAUACAAAUUGUUCAGAAAAGUUUGCAACGAAAGACAAACGAAUUUACAGUCAACAAGCACUUAUUAUACUACCAAACAUCUGUAUAAUAUAUCUGAGUUUUUCUGUGAGAUAAACCGGUUCUAAAACCAUUUCUUUCACUUCGUCUUCGAGUUGUAUUAAAAACAAAAGUGUUUGAAAUUUUCAAGGCCAAGGCCGCCAAGCGGUUUCUGGCCGACAUUGUAACAGAAGAUAUAAAUUAAUUAUUGCUUCAGUUACUGGCUAUUACAGUAUUGGACUAUAUUAUAAAACAAUUGUACCAUUCGCUGUCGUCGUAUAUAGCUGAUAGCCAACUCGGUGCUACGCACCUCGUCGGCUAUCAGCUCAUAUACGACUCGAGCUCAUGGUAUAUAUAAUUGUUAAUUAUCAUGCAAGUGAGCAACAUAAAGUAUAUAUGGCUAAUUUAUUCAUGAAUUAUUAAUUAUUUGAGGUCCUUCGGCCCAUGUCUGAUAGUCAACCUCAUUUUCUCGACCUGGAGAUGCGCAUUAUAUUUAGUAGAUUCAACUCCGAGGCGAAACCGAGGACUUGAUCAAAAUGUGAAUACUUGAAAUCUAGUCCAUUCCGAAUUGGAGUAUUUGGAAUGACAUUUAAUACGAAGAAAUCAGUACUUAAAGUGAGGUGAAUUAAUUUUGAUCUAAUCCUAGCACUGACUAAUUUUGAUCCAGUCCUAGGACUGGAUCGAUAUAUUUCACCAGGUAUCCAGUAUUAUCAUGCAUGUGAGCAACAUAAAGUAUAUAUGGCUAAUUUACUCAUGAAUUAUUAAUGAUUUGAGGUCCUUCGGCCCUUGUCUGAUAGUCAACCCCAUUUUCUCGACCUGAAGAUGCGCAUUAUAUUUAGUAGUAAUGGCUGCUUGCUGUCCGCACCAUUAAAUCAAUGUGAUUAUGUUAGAUUUUGAACCAGUAAGAGUACACUCUAAGCAACAUGAUGCCUCAUUAUGUUUCCAGGACCUUCAAAGAUGUCAAGGCAAAUGUUGUGGUGAGACCAGAACUUGUCGUGGUUGUUGUUUCAAUCAAGAACAAAUUUCAAGUCCAAUGUGGUUUAAACCCGCAUCUUUAAAAGAUCUAUAUACGAUCCUGAAUGCACAUUCAUCUGACUCCGUCAAAAUGGUUGUUGGCAACACUGGGAAAGGUAAUUCAUAUUAUACAAUAAUGUUUACACUUUCUAAACGUCGCCAUCACGUGGCAUCCUGCAUCUAAGGUCAUUAAUUAAAAAAAUAUCGGAAAAACGAGGUUGAACAUGCAUGAGAUCGAUCCAGUACAGAUUUUAUACUGCUGUACACUGUAGAAACUAAUAAUAAUAAUAACAUUUAAUAUCCAUCUUUGGUUAGAAAAGUACAAUGGAUUUACAAGAAGUACUAAGGUUAAAAUUGAAAAGAAGACAUUUUACUAUUAUUUACAUCAAUGUUGCUAAAAAAGUUUAUACUAGUUAUUCUAUAAAAUUAAUUUAGGACUGUUUUAAAAGAGAUAUGGCUCUAGGUAUAAAGGAUUGCCGGUGUCUUUUAGUAUACGAUAAAACAUGUGGUAGAUUAUUUGUUGUUCUUAGAUCGCGUUCAUGGGUAAAAGGUUGGGGGAUAAGUUUGUUACAUGGGUUGGUUAAACAAAAAAAGUUUAAACAAAAAAAGUUUUUUGAGUUGAUUCAGGACAGCCCAUUUAAAAUAGGUUGUUUAUAUACUAGGUUAAAAUAACUAAAAUUAAAUAGGUUGAAACAACCCAUUACAAUCAUAUUAGGGGCUUCGGUGGCCAAGUGGUUAGCGCACUUGCCUUUCACCUCUGAGGCUGCAGGUUCGAGUCUCACUAAGUACCUUCUCAGUGCGACUCGAACCCAGUCCCCAUGUGAAAAGAGUAAAAGUCAACGCUCUGCCGAAAGCCGUGGGUUUUCCCCGGGUAAUCCGGUUUCCUCCCACAGGGAAAGUUGACAGGGUGGGUUAGGUAAAAAGGGCCCACAGUAAUUGGCAUAUGCUGUUGUGAUGACCCUGCCCUAGUUGGCAAAAGCUAAAUAAAUAAAUAAAUAAAUAAAUAUAAGUUAUUUUAACUAAUUUAUAUUAGGUUCUAACCUAUUCUAUUGGUUAAAACAACCUAUUUUUAUUGGCCAUAGCCAAUCCUUCGCAAUUGAUAAAAUAAUAAUAUUAGGCUAUUUUAAUGUAUUUAUUUUGGUUCUAACUUAUUCAAAACAACCUACUACUAUUGCAUGCAAUCUUUAGAAUUAUGCUAUUUUAAACUACCAGUUUCAACAGAGUAAUAAUUCUUAUUAUAUCAAAUCUGCUGGAUAAAACAAUCUCAGUAGGUAACCCCAACAUAUGGCGGAAUUUUCCCGCGAAAUGACAUCAUGUGUGCCCACAAAGAGGUGACGUCAUACUAAGAGGGGGGCGGAAAGGUGUGCGCAACAAAUGAUCCGAAUCGUAUGACGUGAUGGAUGUGCGCACACGUGUGAAUGAGUAAGAUCAUCUUUACCCAAGGAACGACUGACACUAAAUAAAAAUUCCAAAAUGUUAACUAUUUUAUAUGACCCGUUUAGGCCCGAAAUGGCACCUUUUGGCCCGAUCAGGUCCGACGGCCCGAUACUUGGAUGGGCACUCUUCGUCUGUGGAAACCUAGGGAAGCCAGGGCUUGUCGCACUCCGCUAUUAUGACGUCACUGCAAAAAGUGACUAGCUUGCAAAAUGCGCUAUAUAUAAUCGUCUAUUGUAAAUUUGAUCCGAUGAUGAUAUGAAACGUCUUAAACGUGUGCACGGUUUCGGGCGAACGGGACUUACUAGCACAUGAGCAUGGUGCUCCAUCUGAUUAUAUGCACAUAGAGAAUAAUAUUUCCGUUAAUGACGCGGGCCAUCGGGUCACCUUGGGCCAGAAUGAUCGUUUCAGGCUAUGCUCAUAACUUGCUCAUCUGCUCAUAUCGAUGGUCCGGAUACACGGUGUAGACCUAAAGACAUAUCAAAACAAGGAUACAUCUGUUCGCAUUGCCCGCACGCACAGUGUUUACGACCAAUAAUCACACACAUUAUUAAAAGUUUUGCAAAUCAUUUAUUUUUAUUUAUUCUACUAUAAAAGAUUACAAAUUGGAAUCUUUGUCAUCAUCAAAAGCAGGAUAAAGGCAACCUCGUACCAAUGUAGACGCUGGUCAGGUGAUCUGCCAAAAUCUAGGAGAUUUCUAAUUAAUUAUCUUGGAUCCCUUCACGACAAUUAUACAAAAUGCUAGUUAUCAGUUAAACUAUAAAAAUCAUCCAAAUAUCAAAUAUAUAUUGACCUCUUCUUGGAUUGCUAACUAAUCACGUGACCAGCGUCUACCAGGGUCUUUUCUCCCCUCUCCAAGACGAAAGACCCUGGGAACGAGGUUGGGAUAAAGGAGGUUUAACGAAUACGAAAAUGCAAAAGCUACAUUUUUAGAGCAAAAUAUUGUUGCUAGGACACUGUUUUGCUUGGAUGCUUGCAAAAAUGAAUUCAGACAUUUCGGGGGCUGUCGCAAGGGAAAAAGAGCGAGGGUUCGUGAAAGUAAUUAAGGCGGUAGUAAAUGAGGCAGUCGCUGUCUUGGAUGUAAAAAAUGUCUUGACUUGUGUAACAGAACUAGUUGACAAAUCUGCUGGAGAGAACAAUGUCUUAUUCACAGAGUCAGAGUUAGACGUAACAAUUAAGGUUGUUGUAACUGGACUGUUGGAAGGAAAAAGUGUCGCGUGUGUCAGCAAAGAUCUAGAUAAAGUGAUCACACCCCUACAAUUAUAACUUUUGACGGAAAUUGUCGAAUAUCGAAUGGACCGAUUGAACAAUGAACGAAUACUUUCGUAAUUUCCCUUCAACUAAAACAAACCGUUUGAAUAUAUUUAGUAAGUACCGCCGCUUGCGUACGUGCAUGCAUAAAUAAACACUCGGUUUAACGUUUUAAACAUUUUAUUUCUUUAAAUGAAACAAGUUUACACAAAUAAACAGUUCUUAAACAUGGUGUCCAGGUUUACAGUGCUUUCCAGCGUUGAUGGUUUAACUUUAAAUACACUUCCGUACUCCAUGAGCAAGUUUAUAGGCAGCAAUGGCACUUUCUUGUGGUCCAGUAUGUCAGCUCAAUCCCUCCAAUGUAGAACUUUACAUACGGGAAAUUUUCUCUUUGUGGAUUUGUUUACUCGAAUCUUUGCAAUUAUUAUCUUGGAACCGUCCACUAGCUGUUCUUCCUGUUCCUCCAAAUAGUCUCCUGCCUGGUAAAUCAUUUCAGUGGCCAGUUUGACAAGUUCUCUUACCUAUAAUGCUUGCCUAUAAUGCUCGACGGCAUAUCGUGGUAAAUCAGUUAAUUUUCACAUGUGCUUGUAGGGCACCAUUUUUUCUCUUGCUGUCAGUAGACAUAGAACUUGGAAAUGGGAUACUACGUUGGCUUAUUGGUAGCUUUACUUCUAAAAUAUCUGCCCUGUCCAGUUCCAUAUCCACUUUACAGGUUUUAUUUCCCUGCACGUGUGCAAUGUAAGGUGCACAAUGCUCGUGGGGAACUAAGCCAGCUUUUUGUAGUAGCUGUAGCUACCACAGUUGCAGACACGGCUUGUGGUAAAUCUAAGCCACCGUCUUCUCGAUUUUUAAAAUAGCGAGCUCCGGAAAUGUCUACGAGCACAUUUUUGGGUUUUCCGCUUACAACGUCCAUUGGCAGUUCGGAACUAAGAGUAAGGUUAGAAAGGCAACACUGUUCUUUCUCUGACCAGUACUCUACAAACUGUCAGCUUUUGUUCUGUGUCAUCUCGUUGUACGUCGAGGCGACCAAACCAAAAUCGCCAGUUCUGUCAAACUCCUUUAUUCUUGAACGUUCUGAAUACUACCGGUCGUUUCGUAAUUGUUCACUACUGCAUCGUUUUCAACAGGUUUGAAGUUCUUGGUGGUUUUGCUACUGUAUCCUGGAAAUGUCCCUCAAGAUUGAGACGACCAAGUCCUGUACCUAUUCUAAACAUUUUCUGUUAUGAUUUUUGUUGAUCUUUGGAUUUUUGCUGACAGCGUUACCGAUGCAUGUUUGCCAAGCGUACACUUUAUUAUGUAAAUAUUUUUAUAGGUACAUAGACUUUUAAUGUUACGUAUAUUUAUGUCUUCCACUUCGGAGAAACAGUCACUGCUUCUCGGCAAUUAGAGAGUAAGCUUGUUUCGUUCUGCUCCUGCGACAUUGACAACUAGGAAUUAGUUCUUCAUCAUCGUCAGAAGCUUAUCGUUAAUAACCUCUUAAUACUAUCUCAACUGGUGGUUGAAAACUGUAACGGUUGCAUUAGUGGUCAUCUGUCCCAAUCACAUCAUCAUUGCCUUACGAUGGAAAGGCACAAACAAUUAUGUUUGUACUUUGACUAUGCUUUGGAAAAGGUUUCGGAAGCAAAGGUCAUGAACGCUUUUACCAAAAGUUUGAAUGAUAUCAAACCUAAAGUGAACGAUCUGGAACUGCUCAAAAGAAGGAAAAAGGGAGUUAGGCGAAUGGGAAAAUGUAUAUUUUUAGAGCAAAAUAUUGUUGCUAGGAUACUGCUUUGCUUGGACUGUUCCGUUUUCAACUAAUAGGAGUUUACGUUUCUAUCCUUUGUGCUAUAUAGACUUGACAUCGAACACUUUAAUUACACUUCGUUUCUUUUCUGCAGGCAAUAGAGGCACUUUCUCGUAGUCGAAUACUCGUGCCCAGUCGCCUUCUUGUCCACGAACUUCUCGCUACAAGACGUAAAACCAAUUCUGCCUUGCUUCCCAUGUUUUUUAAAGUUGACAGCUCUGUUCUGUUAAGAGAAUUCUCCUUUGAAAUUUUCUGCAAGACCACUGUACUCUUGUUGGAUCGACCAAGAAGCACGACAGGAAAAGACCCAAAAGCUAUUGCCAAGUAAAGUCGAAUAUUUUCCAAGAGAUGUUCACCACACCAACAUGUGACAGAGAAUGAGUAAAAAAACUGCAAAGGGUGCUUUAUAUAACCCAUUUUUGCAAGCUAGUUACUUUCGUAGUGACGUCACAAUAACGGAGCUUGACAAGCGUUAGGACAUCUGGUCAGCAAUCGGGCCAUGGGCCGUAUAGUGCCUUAAAAGGCUAAACCGGCAAAAUAAAAAUGAGGCGGAUAACACACGUAAAAAUUAUUUAAUUAUUGGUUGGAGUUCGUUGUGCAAACAUUUAAGCAUGGGUCGCACGCGUAGAAGUUGUCCUAUUUUUGGCUGUGGUAGUACAAACCUUGCUAGACUAGCAAAUCAUCUCGUUCAAGUACAUGGUAUGGACAGAGAGGAACGCAAGAAAUGAUUAAAGUGGAGUAAAAUAGGUAUAUAUGUACCUCGACAGAGCGAGGAAGCAAAGAAAUUAAUUAAGGAGGAAAGUCUGGAAAAUUUAUUUAGGGGGCAAGAAGAGAUGGAGAGAAAAUUUAACGCUUAUUUAACAUUAAGACCCCGUUUACACUGUACCCGAUGAAUUUGGAACCUGGCUGAAAUUCGUCCGUUUCGGCCUUCUGUUUGCACGAGAACCACGGAACCGCACGAAUUUGAGACCCUCUAACAGGACACAUUCGCGUGUAAACCGGCGAAAAAGGACGAAUUUCAAACUGGUUCGAAAUUCGUCCGGUACCGUAUAAAAAGGGUCUAAAACAUAGACCGACCAGUAAACGAAAACCUUCUAAAUCUUGGAGAAACGAAGAAACACCAGAAUAAAUGGUUAAUAUUUUAAUUUGUAUGCGUGUACACUACUACGAGAAAGUGCUUCUACUGUCUGCAGAAAAGAAACGAAGUGCAGUUAAAGUAUUGGAUGUCAAGUCUGUAGAGCAUAAAGGACAGAAAUGUAAACUCUAGUUAGAGGAAGACGGAACAGUGUAUAACGUCAAACGUUUAUUUAUUUAUUUAUUUAAAGAUUUGUCAAAAGACAGGUGUGAAAUGCAAUAGGACAUUGGAGUUCCUUACAAGGCACUAAGCUGGAAAAAACUGUAGGAGCAGGACAAUAUGUUUCUAAGCUGGAAAAAACUGUAGGAGCAGGACAAUAUGUUUAAUAACUGUUUAUUUGCGUAAAAUUGUUAUAUUUUAAGAAAUAUAUUGUUCGAAACGUUAAUAUGUGUGUUAAUUUAUACAUGCAUCCAAGCAAAGUAGUAUCCUAGCAACAAUAUUUUGCUCUAAAAAUGUAUGCAUUUUCGCAUUCGCGUUAACGCCCUUUCUCCUUCUUUUGAAGAACGUUUUAUUGGUGUUGGACUGCAGCAACCUAUCAUUGAAGACCGUGGAUACGUUCACAUCCAGAACAAUGUAUUGGGUUCUUACGGUACAUCUCAGUUUAGCCAUGUCCAACGUACGAUGGAAAGACCUUCCCGAAAAUCCAGCACUCGACUUUCGGUCCAUUCGGUAUUCGACAAUUUCCGUCAAAAGUAAUUGUAGCGAUGUGAUCACUUUACCUAGAUCGUCGCUAAACCCUCUGACCCUCGACACCUUUUUCGUCCAACAGCCCAGUUACAACAACCUCAAUAGUUACGUCUAUCUCUGUGAAUAAGACAUUGUUCUCUCCAAGAGAUUUGCAAUUAGUUCUGUUACACAAGUCAAGACCUUUUUUAUAUCCUAGAAAGCGACUGCCCCAUUUGCUACCUCCUUAAUUACGUUCACGAACCGUCGCUCUUUUUCCGUUGCAACGGCCCUACGUAGGGAAGUUUCAUCAUCGACAUAUCAAAACAGUCCGCCACCCCCUUCCAUAACCGUCGAAAGAACGGAAGUUAUAUUUUUUAGUAUAUGUCACAAUAGGCCCCUCAUUCGGUUUUCUUUCUAUAUUGUUGUGUUUGUACGAAAGCUAUCUGCGGUAUAAUCGUCGGUUGGCGGCGCAACGGAAAAGAAGAGUAUCUCUACACAAGCCGCAACCAUGCUCGCAAAUAGAUCAGACCAAGCUACCUUCUCUUGGAAGUUUGUAACCGAGUAUAGGAAACAUAACAGUUUUGGCCAACAUCACGCUAUAACUAUAUCAACACCAUAACUAUAUAUCAAUUCAUUUUAUUAUGUUAUAUUCUUUUCAACGGGAAAAAUAGUAAACCUUAUGUUGUCUCAUACUGUGGUAUGGAAAUAUAAUAUGUAAGUACAAUAUAAAAUACGUUUACUGUAAACGCUGCGAUUUGUUGUGUACGUUUCGUAUUCUGACGUAUGAAAGUUACUACUGAAGCUACAAAUCCUCUUAAUUCAGUAUUUCAGUUUAUCUUGAAAUUUGAAAUGCUACGACUUUACGUACGCUCAUUCGGUUCCAUACGCCAGAAUACGAAACGUACAUGACAAACCGUAGCGUGCGAACGUACCCAUAGUAAUCACGAAAACAUAUAUACAUUUUUAUGUUUAUAUAUACAUGGAUUGUAAAUUAUUAUAAUCCUUGUUAUAAUUAUUAUACUGUGUAUUUAUAACGCUUGGUUUAUACACGUUUAAACUACAUUAUCAAAUCAUUUCGAUUAAGUACACGGCAUGGAUAUAUCGAUACGGAAGAAUGGGCUAAAUUGGAGCAAACGUGGGAUUUGUGUACCUUGGCAGAACGAAAACAAUACUGCGGAAGAACCGGAGUUAAGGAUAGAGAAUAAACUAUAUUCUUUGCUGGGACGACAGGAAGAUAUGGAAGCAAAAUUUAAGGUGUACUUAAAAGUUGGAUGGUUACAGCAUUGUCCUAGUAAUAAGCCAUGAAAAACACUUUACUCUAAUGGAAAGCAGGAACAAAAUGAUCAGACAAGCAAUGAUGCCCACCAAACACAACAAAAACGGUUCUUUUAAGAACCUCCAAAUCCAUAAAAAGAAUACAAAUGAAACUUCAUUUACGAUCAUAAUUAAACGUCAAAAAACCCUUACUCAUUCACACGUGUGCGCACUUCUAUGACGUCAUACGAUUUGGAUCAUCACCACUUUAAUACUAUGACGUCACCUCUUGCUGCGCACACACAAUGUCAUUUGGCGGGAAAAUUCCUACAUAUGUGAGGGAAGGGUGGUGGGUGGUUUACAUACUAAUCUCAUAUUUUUAGGUGUUUACAAGAAUGAUGGUGACUUCGACGUUUACAUUAAUAUAUCCGAUGUUUCUGAAUUGAAUGCCAUACAGGUAACUAUAAGUAUUAGAUAAAACAUGAGCAGCCGAUCUUUAUCUGAUAUACAAACUCGAGCCGAAGGCAAUAGUUUGUAUAUCAGAUAAAGAUCGGAUACGAAAAAAAGCGACCAAUCUUAUGAGUUCAUUGGCGAAGUAAUUUUAAAAAUGAACAUUGUCUAAGCCCAGAAAAUCAAAGUGAAAGUUUAUGUAAAUCAGGACAAAUUUGUAUCCGAUUUACAAACAUUGAUUAAACAUUCAGUUCUUUUGUAUUUUCCCAUGAAUUGUUAAUGAGUUUUUUAAGUGAUGAUAUUGUUCGUAAAUGGAUACUCACAAAUUAUACAAAUUCACACAAAACUCUCGAAAAUGAAAGUUGAUGAGAAUUGUGCGGACUUUUCUAGUGUUUCAACUACGCUUUUGCUUAAAUUAAAUACAUGAUAUUGUUUAUAGAUGGAAAUUUCGAGUGUAAAUCUUGACAAUUUAUUAAAGCUAACCAGGAGCUGUUGCUGAAACUAUAGGGCAAUGCAGGAAUUGAACCUGCGGCCCUUCGAAUCCAGUGCAGAGCUCUAAUCAACUGAGCUACAUGCAGAGGCUUCUGUAACAGUUGCGCUCUACCCGCGAGUUCAUGUAUAUAUAUAGUAAGGUGAUGCCAGUGUAAUAUGGUGUCGCAAGGCCGCAGGUUCGACUUCCUGCCAUAGGGCCAAUAGUUUCUCGCAACUGCUCCUGGUUAGGUCCAGUAAAUAUAUAUAAGAUUUACAUUUAUUGGACUUAAGGUGGCUCGCUACAGUUUAUAGAAAUGUUGAAAAUGCGUAAACUAGAUCACCUUUUUGAAAAGAUGAUGCUCUUUACAAAUCGAAAUUUGUAUAUUAUAUAUACAGCGACAAUCAAGCAGUCAAAAAUUGCUCAGAAAAGUGACGUCAUCACUGUUGCUAUGGCAACAGUGACGAUUCAAGAUGGCCGAUAUUUUGGCUUUGAACGCAUUUUACUUUAAAAAAAGGUCGGUUACCCCCAUUUUUUAAAGUAAAAUGCGUUCAAAGCCAAAAUAUCGGCCAUCUUGAAUCGUCAUUGUUGCCAUAGCAACAGUGGUGACGUCACUUUUCUGACCAAUUUUCGACUGUUUGAUUGUCGCUGUAUAUAUAAUAUACAAAUUUCGAUUUCUAGGGAGCAUCAUCUCUUCAAAAAGGUGAUCUAGUUUACGCAUUUUCAACAUUUCUAUAAACUGUAGCGAGCCACCUUAAGUCGAAAUUACCAUCUACAAAACCCGUCAACAAUUAGUUUUAUCGAGUGAGUUUACCUAAUUGAUAUUGUUGGGAAAGCAUUAGAAGCAGUUAACCUACAAUCUCGUGCAAAAAUUAUUGAGACAACAAAGUUAUUGCCCCUCUCCUCCCACAAAUAAUGUUGGACUAACGAUACAAAGGUAUAUUGUCAAGUCAAAUUUUUUCCCCACAUUGUAUAGGGGGAAGGGGAAAAAGUAAUCAGGGACAUAGAACCAAAUAUCAAAGUAUUAUUAUAUCUUUGCACGAGAUUGUAGGUCGCAUGAGUGCCACCUCUCACACAUUUCAGCCUCGUUUGAUUCGGGGAUAUACCAAGAUGUCCCAACGAAACAAGAGCUAGAAAGUGAUGAGUUUCGUAAAUUGAUAACGCCGAUUUAUGAAAACAUGACGUUGUAGUAAUUUACAAUUCUGAAUGUCGAUUAACAAAGUUUGUCAUAAGCUAUAGGAUGUUUGUGGUCACGUGGCUUUAGAUAAAUGCAAUGUAUUCGGCUGCGUGCAUAAAUAAGCAAAUUGGCGACACUACUCGUAUCUGAACGGAAGUUCAAUGGUAUCUGGAUCAAAACAAAGAGUAUCUGACUUGUAAUAACCAAGGAGUUAAAAAAACUAAUCCUAACUCCGUCGCUAUGGCAACAAUAACCUCACAACAUGGCAGAUAUUUUAUGUUUAAAGUAAUUUAACUCGAAAAAAACGACGGUAACCCCAUUUUUUAUAUCAUAAAAUGAUUUCUUUUAGUAUUUUGAAUUAUUUUCAUGAUUUAAAAAAAAUUCUAUCAUGCCAAAAAAAUUAUUCCGAAUUUUCACACUUUCCUAUCUUGAAAAAUUUUGGCAUGACAGAAUUUUUUUAAACUAGAAAAAUAAUUCAAAAUAGCAAUAGAAAUCGUUUUAUGAAAUAAAAAAAUGGGAGUCACCGAUGGUUUUUUCGAGUUAACUUACAUUAAACAUAAAAUAUCGGCCAUGUUGUGACGUUGUUAUUGUGUUAUGCCAGUCAGAAACUCUUUCUUUGUUUUUAAUUAAACAAAUAAUAAUUCUCCAGAAAUUCAUAUCCAAAUCCGAAAAUCUUUCAUUUAAAAAGGUGUAGGGAGCUACCUUAAAUAGGUUCUUUUAAGUUUAAUCUCGUCUACACUAUAGAGCUUUUGUUAUGAAAUACAACUGUUGUAUGAAUGUUGUUGAUUUUUGUUUCGUCGCUAUAUAACAAAUGUCUGUUCCUUCGGGAAAUAAAAUUUUCCCCUCGACUCUCAAUGUUUCCCUCAACUUUGUCUCAGGAAACAUUGGUCGAGAUUCUCGGGAAAACAAAACUAUCUUCCUUGGUAGCAAAAUUAAGUGUAUUUUCAUUCACUAUAUGACUUGCAUCGUCGCCCUACAUUAUUGUAAAUUUCUCUUAAUUACGCUAAUUUCGCUAACAAAGUCAUCAUCUAACACUGCACGUGUACAUGUAAAUAAAGAACAUUCAAAUAAUUUUCUCAAUUUGUCAUUAAUAUUUACUGUAGGUGACCGACUCCGCCCUGCAGCUUGGUGCCGCACUUUCGCUAAAUACUGUAAUCCAAGAAUUGAUGAACUGUUCUCAGAAAUCCAAGUCAUUUGAGAUUCUUGCAACUCACAUUAAAAAGGUCAAGUGA